AGAACGGGUUUUCCCUUUAUUAUUAAAUGAUUCUCCAUGUCAAUGUUAGCAUUUUUACUGAAACACUUGAUAAUAAAUGGUAUGUAAUUAAUAUGCAAUGGUAUCAGAAUAAAUUUAAAAUUUAGAAGAAUUAGUUGCAUUAGCUAAUUUAACGUCUAAAAAUGUAUGAGUGUUAGUCAAAAUGAAACAUCAAGGAAAGAGCAAGGAUUAAUAAUCUGGACAAAAACAUGAUAACGUAAACAUAAAGUUUAUUUUUAUUCUUUAAUAUUAUAAGAUAUGAUAUGUUGUUUUUUUUAAAUAUAAAAACUGUUUAUUAACUUAAUUACUAAUAUUGUUUUUUCAUUGUUUUAUUAUUUAUUUAUUGGCAUUAACUUUUUAUACAUAAAAUUUUUAAAAAAGAAUUUAACCAAAUGAAAACCCAUCUGUAGGGUCUCAUUACCCAUUGUAAAGAAUACAUAAGUUUCAAAAAAAGUUCAAUAAUUUUCUAAUCAUACAAAAUAUCUUUUUAUCUCAUUUGUUAUCACAAAAUAUUCCCAUCGCAAACUAUUUCAACUUGUAGGUUAAUACAUAUCUUUUUAUUCUCUUUAACAGCUUUAAAAAUGAGGAAUGGAGUUGCUGCAGACAGUGUUUCGUAUUUUCCUGGUUGGCAACAUUCUAUGUAAGAUAUGCAUAAAAAUACUUGCGAAAUGUUAUUUCUUUAAUUAAUAUAAUUUUACCCAAAGAUGUUUAUUUCUUAAAUUAAAUUAAGUGUUCGUUGUUCAAUAUUAAUGUUGACACAUUUUUAUUAAAUAAUAUUUCAAUCUCCAGUAUGUGGAAGGAAUUGCCUUUACACAAGGAUUGAGUUUUCUUAACAAAUGAAAUGUAUAGCAUGCUAACUGGAUUUCUGUGUUGUAGUUAUAAUGGCUUUACCAAAUUUGAUUUGAAAUGUUCCUCAACUAGACUGGUUAUUAAUAUAUUAAAUUGAUCACCAUUAGGAUCAGACAAAACAGCUUCACGACUUAAGCUUCUUUCAUUUUGUAAGAGUAAUAGCCAACACCUUUCCUAGGAAAUCAAUUUAACCUGAAAUAGUCUCAAUAAUUGUCGCUAAUUGUGUUUUUUUUCAGGUCUAGUUAUGGUUAGUGUUGUCUUGUAUAUCUUUUUUUUUCUAUUUGGGUCAACGGGAGUGACGAAUGAAUUUCUCUUCUAGACGCAAUCAAAAGAAUGAUACCUUUUUUAAAUUGUAUUUUAAAUUGUCCCGGCUGCGCACUAAUGUUCAGUAUAAAUGCACCUACACAUUAGCCCUUAAUAAUUCUCUUAUGCUUUUGGUUUGGAUCUCUCGCUUCUAAAUUGGAUGCGCUUUUACUUCCACCGCAUCUCAUCAGUGCAUGUGGCUGAAGUCUCAAAUAGCCUAAGCUAUAUAAAAUGGAUUCUUUUUUUUCUAGUACACUUGUCUUCCUCUUGCAAAAUAUUGAAUAUGCAUGUCCUAAGCCAUUGCCAUUCUUGUUUAAGAUUGACCAGUCUUGCUAAAGAUUUGGAGAUAAUAAAAUGUCAUUGUCACCCAACUUCUAAAAUUGUAAAAUUAACAAGGUCUCUGUCGCCACUACCCUCGUGGACAAAUUAGACUAUUUAAUCUCACACAGGAUUUCUUUCAGCUAUAUAAAAAAAAAAAUUGUCAUUUUUUAAACAAUUAAAAAAAAAUUAGUUGGGGUCAUUAACCGAUUACAAUUAGUGGAAUCUAUGAAAUAUCGAUAAGCUUCAUAUAUUUGAUGAUCCGUAUAGUUAACGCUAAUCUUCUUAGAAGCUUACUUUAUUCGAUUAUAAAUAUCGUAAUAUUUCGAAAAUUAGGCGAUUAUGAGGCGAAGUAUUACUUCCCGUUCAGUAUUUUUUUUUAUAUUUUAUUUUUAUUUUUUGCAAACUCACAAGUUUAAAUACUUUAAUAACACAGUAUUAAACUAUAUUUCUUUCAAUUUUAAGAUCUAUAAUUUUAAUAGAGUUCUCACUUAGUAUCAAACGUGAGCAAUCUUUUCCUGUUUUCAAAUUCUAUUUCAUAUUAAAAUCAUGAAUUUUAAACUAGGGAUUGGUGUUAGUUACAGAUUGAAAGAUGGCAUCAUGCUUUCAAAAAUAUGGUUAUUGUUAGCAAUUAGUGUAUCUUUCAGCUGUCUCCCCGGGAGGGCGAGGCCUACCCCCCCCCCCACGGGGGAGGGGGGGCCGCAGAACAAUGUGUAAAUUAUAUAACAAAAUAAUUUUUGUAUAUUAAAAAUGAUAAUUGCAACUGGUGCUUUUAACCGAUUGCAGUAAGUGGAAUCUAUGAAAUAUCGCUAGGCUCAAUAUAUUUGAUGAUCCGCAUAUUUAAGGCUAAUCAAGUUGUUGUUUUUGGUUAUAAAAAUCGCACUUAGCGCUCCAGCCUUACUUCCUAUUGUUCGCAUGGAUCGCUAUUUUUAUUUAUUUAUUUUUUGCAACUCCAAAAGUUUAAAGAUUUCAAUAAUACUAUAAGAAAAUUCAUUUUAUUAACCUAUAAAGGACUAAAAUUUUAAUAAUAGUUAGUCAAGGAUUUAACAAUCUGUUUUCAAAUUAUAGUUCAUUGUAAAAGCGUAACCAAAAAUUAGGCAUCAUGCUUUUUUUUCUAACUUAGAAUUCAAACGGCGCAAAGAAAUGGUGCCCAUUUUGUCAAUUAUUAUUAAAUCAUAAGUGUUUUUGUUCUCUUUAAAUGUGCUACCUUUGUUACAAAGUUUCAUGAAUAACAGAUUUUUUUUUUUUUUUUUUUGGAUAUUUUUUUUUUUUUUUAUUUUUUUUAAAUAAUUUUUUUUUUUGUUGCUGUUUUUAAAACUUAGCUGUAAGCUUAUAUUUAUUAUUAUUAACUUCCCGACUGCUUUUUUUCUCUUUUUUUAUGUCAGAAUAACAAACAAAGUGCCCCAUCCAUUGGCAUUGCCAACAUUUUUGUAAAAUUAGUAAUUUUAUUUUAGAUGAGACUCCAGUAGAGAGAUAGGAUAAGAUUUUUUUGUGUGACAUAGUAUUUGGAUUAUCAUGCCAACUCCUUUUUUGGUGCGUGUUUAAAAAACAUUUUUAUUGCUAAUUCGUGUAUUUAAAAUAGAUUCUGAGGACUUAGACAAAUGUUUUAAAAUAUAGCGAAUAAGCAUUUACGAAAGUUAUUGUAUUUAGAAAUUACAAAUGCAAAUUUCAAUCUACUAAAUUUUGGGACAUUUAUACUUAAUUUUUAUACGAAUUACCCUGGAUAAAAUCACACAUUUAUACAUAAAAUGUCUCCUGUAAACAACUCAUGUCUGCUUAAGAUAGUUAUGCCGCUCAUAUGCAAUUUAUAAAAAUGAACUGUUUUCAAACCCAUAAUAAAGUAUAUAUCUUUCUAAUAAACCUGUUUUUUACGCUGGUAAAAUUAGAACCUAUUUAGAAAAUUUAGUCUAAACAAUUUAAUUAUAAAUAAGUUUAUUUUUUUUCCGUUUGCGAUAAUCAUAUAAAAUAAUGUAUGCAGUGAUUUUUAGUGAUGGAACGAUUUUAAAUGAAAUGUUGUUUUUUUGAAAAUUCAUUUUUUAAUUAAGUAACUAUCCCUAAAAAUAAUGUAAAUAAAAAAUAUAACCACAUUACUAUUUUUAGUUAAAUAAAAAUUUUAAUUCAGUUUUUGUUUUCGCAUAGCACAAGCAGGUCAUGCUUUUUCCGUUUUGACAACCCUAAUCAAAUCUUUAAGCCCGUAAAAUAUCCGAGGCACCCUUCAGUCGUAGGGGUUGCUGGGUGCAAACGAUGGUUCUAAGGUUGAUUAGCACCUUUAUUUUUAACUAGGAUAUCUUUCGUUGCGCUCCAAUUACGUGUUGAAUGUUUCAAAACUAAAUUCAGAUAUGUGAAAAAUGCAUUUUUGUAUUUUAAAUCGAUCAAAAUUUUCUAGGGACUUUAAUGAUUUAAAGGGCGAGAAUUAUCUAAGGCAAAAUCGUACCCUCAAGGGUGACAUAACUAAAGUGAAUAUAGUUUACGUCCCGCUGGUGCGAAAUUUAAGAUGUCUUUGGUCAAUGUUAUGGCAAAUUUUGCCAUUUUCCACCCGAACGUUUGAAAUGUCAACUCAAAAUUUUCUGAAAGAAGCAACAAGUUAUAGAGCAAAAAUAAUGCACCCUUGCAUUUGGAGUUUGUAUGACUGUCGAUAGCUCUCUUAAGAGUGCACUCUUUCCACCACACUGAUCAAUGAUACAAUAUGGUAUCGAGUAUAAGCCUAUCCCUAUUGAUUACCAUGAGGCGUGCCACAAAUGGAGUGAAUUCAGUUUUCACAUGGAACAAGGCUAAAUAAUGCCUCCCACAAAACCUUAAAAAUGUUCUUACCUUUUCAAAAGUUAAAAUAGAAACAUCGAAUUCAAGUAUACUCAAAAUGAAUCCUCUUGAUUUCGAAAUUAUCAAAGAUUUUCUGAGGCUGAGCUCCCCAAAACCCCUCCAUCGAUCAAGAUUCAUCGGUGCUAUCGAUUUUGGCCCUACAUCUCGAUGAAAAGGAUCGCUGCUUUUGAUAUCAAUAGACACACUGUCUAGUGGCGUAGCUACUGUUAAGGCUGCCAUGUGCGGCCAAAUAUUUUUGCCAUCCUCCCUUUCACGACUCAAACUCUGCUGUUGGCCGAAAAUGCCACACCAGCAUAUAAAGAAAAUGUGACACCUGGGUGAACCAAUCCAUCCGCCUUAUUUCGACGCCACUUGCAGUGGCGUAUCUAUAGUGUUUGAUGGUAGGGGACAAGAUUCAUUUUUACGCACCCCUCCAACUCUGAAACCGGUUAUUUUCAACCUAUUAAUUGCAUCAAAUCCCAUUUUUCCCACACCCCCUCCUCAAGUCUGGUGUCCUGGGACGAUGUCACAUUUGCCACCCCUUAGCUACGCCUUUGGCUACUUGACAUAGUGCAACCCCCGAAAAUCUGAAAUGUCCCCCACCCCCGUAGAAAAUUUCUGAGAGAAACAUCGAUCUUACAUUCUUUCUAGAAACAAAAUUUGAUUUUAAUAUGAAUAUAUGCAAUAAAGGAGAGGUUAGGAGGAACACAUUAUUUUCAUUUAAUAUUAAUUUUUAAUUUACAGCCCGAUCCCUCAGUACAGUAGUUACAUUGUAUCCAGUCAAGCAAGAUGACUUUAUAACAGAAUGCCAAGAAGGAUUAUUAAUAAAUGAUACAAUAGUAUUUAAAAGCCAUAUUCCUUUAAACAGAUCGGAGUUAUUUGACAACAAUACGUAUGUUGACUAUAAAGUUAUAUAUAAGGAUCAAAAAGAACAUGUAAGUUUGAACAAAUUAAUGCAAGUCUUGAAAUAUUAAAUGUUUAAAUAUUAGUAUACCAUUAUUAGACUGUCAUUAAAAUUGUUAUGUUUUUCGUGCGUAUGAAACAAUGCAAGUUUUUGUUUGGAACAAAAAUAUGAUAUGAUAAGCUUCACAAUUUAUUUUUUUUUUUUAAAUAUAUAUAUAUUUACAUAUUCUCAAGUCGAUUUUUUAAACUAAAUUCAAUGAAAUCUGUGCGGCAUUUCAAUAUAAGAAAAUUGAGGAUGUUCUACUUUUUUAUAUUCUUUAUCAAUAAACGUGUAGAGACUUGUGAUUUUUUGAAAUUAUUUAAAUGUUUCCUAUUGUUUCUAAGCCAAAAAUAAAAUAUACAUAUUAUAUAACAAGCUCUCCUUUUUAACUAUACAACGAAUAACAUUGAUGUACUUUUGCAGGUUACAUAACUCAACAAAUUGCGUUAUGAGCAACUUUUAUAAAUUAACUUUUAUUGAUUUGAUUUAAAGAUUUCCCUCAAGACUCACUAUAUUUACAUUUUUAGGAAACGUAUAAUGUUAUCAGAAAAGUUAGUAUGGAGUGUGGAGACCCAGAUCAACAGAUAGUAUGUAAGAAAUACGAUAACAGUAUGAUCUUCUCUCAUAACGUUAUUGCCGAGGAAAGAUUUAUUAAUGCAACUAUGAGUGUAUCUAUAAAAAGAGAUGAAACGAGUAUUGGUAACGACAGCCAAGUAUUUCCAACUAUGUAUGGUAUGUAUAAACUUUUGAACAUAUAAGUAUCGUUUUAACGCAACAUGAUUUUUAUUUAUACAUUUAUUAUAAAUAUUUUAUGUUACCCAGUAAUAAAAAGCGUAUUACUUAUCUAAAUUGGUGCAUACAUUAAUAUUAAAUUAAUUUACCUUUACAUUCAAAUUAAUCAACAGGUAUGUGUAAAUUAUGUAACGAUAAUUACGUCAUUGUUCCAUUACAAUGCUCUAGAAAUAAAAAUUUUAAAAAUAAAUCAAUUGGACUUCGAAUGACACUUGUUUGAUAAGAGAUACAAUAUAUUCAUCAAUUUUUUUUUAGUUUUCGAUUUUUGAACAUAAACAAUUUAAUGUUUUUUUUUAAAUUGUUAAUGAAUAAAAUUUGAAUUAGUAAAAAUAAUAUAGGUAUUAUGGAUUCAAAUCAAUGUGAUUAAAAUUUAAAAACAUGUAAUGUAACUUACUUUUAAAUUAUAUUGUUAUUUAAAUAAAUUAGAAUGUAUUUUUGUUAAACAAUUAUGGUAGUGAUAAAAAUUAGUCAUACAAUAAAAUACAAUAUAUUUAUGUGUAUUUACAGUGUAUAUAAUGCUUAAAAGUGAUUGAUAAUAUAACUUAUUUCUAAUGAGUAGAAAUGAAAAUGGAAUUAAAUUGACUCAAACAAGAUUAAUGACGCUUGAUACAUUCAUGGUAGUGGUUGUAUUUAAUGAAAUUUUCUUUCAACUUUAUAUUUUUAUCUAACAGUUUGUUGUAAACUAAUUUCGGGCACAUUUUGAAUUAAAAUUUUUCUCUCCUUCACAGACACUAGAAAUGCGUUUGGAAACUUAACAAUAAAUGACAUAGAUAUCUCCAUUAAUGACUGCAUAGCUAAUAUUAGUUCACAUGAUCUGACAAUGAAAUUUGAGUGUUCAAGCCUUGCUAAGCCAUGCAUGAUAGAGAUAAAAGCUAAUGACUCCACCGGUGCUUCAUAUCAUAACAAAUCUGCUAAUUUCAAGAGAGUUUUACAGAACCAAGCGGUUUUAGCAAUUGUAAUAAAAUAUAAACCAUGCAGUCUCAAUGGAAAUGUUAGUAUCAUCAACUGUAUAGUUACAGUAGGUAAGUACUUAUUAAUUAUUUUAAAAUAACCAUCAUGCGAAUAUAAUAUUUAAAUUGUGUUUCGAUUUUUUGGGGCAUCCGUCCAUCAAAGGUUGACUAUGGUCAAGACUUUACACGACAAUGUAGUAUGGUCUUUGAUUUUUCUCUAGGAAUAUAAGGUAGAUCCCUAGUCAGCAAAUCACUCUCCAAGUACCUUGUGAACCCAAGUGAACAUCGUAUUUGGAUGUACUUUAUUGGCCUACGGCCUUCUGAACACCAUCUUCGUGUUUGGGUCAUAAUUUUCAUUCUCUUCGGUGAGAGCCGCCAUGAUUAACGAGUCCCAUUCACCCGAUGUACUGGUGGUGUUUUUUGGCUGUCUAUGAUUUUGGGUUUAAAACUCCAACCUAUAAGCUUGGAAUAUUGCCAUUUAUUCUAGACAGCUUUUUAGCUAUCGAAUCAAAAUACAUUUCAAUAAAAAUGCGUUUUCUAAGGCAAAUCGUUUGAACCAAAUAUCUUUUAAAAAUCAAUUAGGAAUAAGUAAAGUUUAAAAAAAAAUAAAAAACAUUUAUAGACGACUUUUGGUUUAACCGUUAAAGGCGCUAUGUAAAAAUAAAGAAAAGAAAUAUUAAAUUGGUUUAUUAAAAUUGCCUUUCAGGUAUAUUAGAAAGGAGGGUUGUUUACUAUGAAAAGGAAAGUGAAAAAAAACUCUGUAAUGAAAAUAUCACCCAAUUGUUGGAGACAUACACAUAUAAAUGGAUAUAGACUCAUUUUGGCAAAAUAUUAUAUAUAACAUCUGGAACUAAUUUAUAAAUUGUGUAUACUAACAUUUGGAAUUAAUUUGAAAAUUAUGUAUACAUAUUUAUAUAUAACAAAGAAAUAUAAUAUUUUUAUUUGAACUUAUUUUUUUAUAUUGCAAAUGCAUAAUUUUGUAAAAAAGGUAAUAUGUUUUUGUUUUUUUUAUUUAGUGUAAGUAUGCAAUUGCAAAACAUUUUUUUUCAUUAAAUUUAUACUAUGAUAUUGGAUUAUUGUGGCUUAAAUAAAUAAGUUUAGUGUGCCUGAGAAUAAGAGUUGAGUAUAUUGUGAAUAUGUUACGAGAAAAUGUAUGAUAUAUCUAAUAAGUGGGUAUUUUUUUAAAAUCGUUUUCUUAUUUUAUUAUUAGGUUAAUUAUAUAGAGCAACAUAAAUUUUGCAAAUAGAGUGAGAAAAUCAUAUCUUAUUCAGAAGUGAUAUUAAGUUGCCGUUAUAAAAAGUUGCACCUUUAUAAAACUUUUACGAUAAUAAUUUUAAAAAAAUUUUGAGUUUAAAUCAUCUUUUUUUUUAAUUUAUUUGUUUUAAAAUUAAAAGUUUUUAAAGUUUCAAAAAUUACAUAUAUUUUAAAGGAUGUAAGUAGAUUUAUGUGAUUUUAUUAAAAGCAAUAAAACCUUUGACUGUGGAAAAUUAAUAUGUUAAUUGUAUGCAACAUAAACUUUUUCUUAAAUUUAAAAACAAAGAAAUUAUUUAAGAAUUCUUUUAUGUUAAUAGUAUUUGAUGCAAUAAUCAAAUAGUGUACUUUACUAUUAGCUCACUUAACAUAUUAUAACAUUAUAUUAUUUUUUUUAAAGGAAAUAAAUAAACAUAAUUGUUUAUGUUGCAAAACAUUAUUAAGUUUAAUCUUACUUGCGAACGCUUGUCGUAGCAAGUUUUUUAAAAGGUGUCUAUGGAAGUUUUUAUCAAUUUAGAACAGUGAUCCCCAAAUAGCGGUCCGCGGACCUUCACCGGUCCGCAUGCCUAAUGCUGCCGGUCCCCAUAACAUAAAUAUUUAUUGUCAAAUAGAAAUAAAAGUAUAAAAAUAAAUCAUGCACCGGUCCCUGGUAAAAUUUCAAAACUUGUUCACCGGUCCACCAAACUUAAAAAUAAGGGAGACAAUCAGGCAUUUUUUUAAAUUAUUUUUUUUUUAAUGUAAUAUAUGAAGAUAACGUAAAUAUUUAUUUUGCGUGUUCUCAGGUUUGAACUCACAUAAUGGAGAGGAUGAUUUUAAUAUCAUUAUCUAUGCUGUGUUUGGUGGAUUGGUGGCAUCUAUAGCCGUUGUGAUCACUAUUGUUUACAUAUUAAAAAAGAGACGGUAAGAUUAUUUUUGUUUAUUAGGGUUUAUAAAGAUAUGUACCAAAGUAUCCCGUGGAAAACUAUGGAAGCACAAAAUUUAUAUUCUUUAUGAAAUUUCAUAUUUUUCAAGCUUUCUCAAAAGAAUGGAAACGAGUAUUAUUUUGCUUAGAAAAUAUCAUUAAGUUUCUUAGUUUAAAAUAAUAAAAGUUUAGGUUAGCAUACCAUGCCCUUGUUAUAAGAGAACAUUCAAAGUUGGAACACUUCAUUAAAAACAACAUUGCGAAUAAAAAGUCGUUUACCCUGCAGCAGUUGUCACUUUAAAGGGAUUUCGCUUAAGUGGAACUUUCACUUGCUUGAAACUUCAUGGUAGUGUCAAUGGGACAUAAAGUUUUAGCUGGGAGAAAACGGUGGCUUUAAUAUCAAUUCUGACAUUUUGGAAUUUCAGUCCCUGAGAUUUGUUGAUUGUUUUUGGAUAUGCGGUAUGACGGUGUAAUCGACACAGAUUAAAGAGCAGACGCUUAAAGUCUACUCAAUUCAAGGGACAAAAAGCAACGACUGCAUUUUGAGAUAAUUUCUACAGUUCUGAAAAUACGGUGAAGUUCCCUUACAAUCAUUUGAGUUCCGUUGCUUUGAACUGAGACCAUGUUUUGGAGCAUUUUAUUUUUUUUCCGUGUAGAUCAGCGGUGCUUGGUGAAGAACUUCACAGUCCAAUUAAUUUAAUCUCAGUGAUGAAAAGAAGUAUGUUAACGUUGACAUUCGUAAGUCCUUGAACUCAAUCAAAUAAAGUUACAAGUAGAUUUUUUUUUAAAGGAUUUGAUUACGCCAAAACCGCCAUCAGACAAGAUGGUUAGCAGGAACUCCGCUUUAAAGUUUAGGUUAAACUAAAUCGACCAUCAAAAUGUAAGUGUAAUAGAAGCUAUGUGGCGAAAUCUCGAAUAAAAAAAUGUUAAGAUCGUCCCCACCCCUUUGGGAGACUGCUUUGAUAUUCCAGAUAAACUGCGCAUCAUAUUUAAGGAAUUACACGAAGAAUGAGCUUUGUUGAAAGAAAAAACUGGCCGAACGAAAUUUAGCCGUGGUUUUAUAUGAAACAAACUGAUGAAGUGGCACGGCAUUACCGCCACUUUGAAAUCAAGCAGUUAAGUCUACCCAUGAGAAUAUGUAAAAAAAUGCGAUACUUAUGUUGAGGAAAGAUAUAUACUUUAUGCCAAAUUUAAUUUUCGUUAGAGAGGAUGAACUAGAGAAAAGUCUGAUUCUGCUGUACACAUGUACUUAGCAGAUAGAAUGAAAUUAUUAUAUUAUUUUAUGACAUAAUUUGAUCAGUGUGAAAAAAAGAUAGUUUUUCCAAUAGCAAUUGAAACGAUAAUAAUCUUGUUGUCAUCCACAAAAAAGCAAUAUAAACAAAAAAUAGUGUAAGCUGCUCUUGUCUAAUUCCCCUUGAAUCUUUUAUACCGUUAAUUUUAUUUGUAAAUUUUUUAAUCAUAACACAGGUAAUUGGCAUUAAUUAACACAUUUCUUUAACAAUUAUUUUCAUCUCCAAUCACCCUUGCAAUUUGUUUAGAUGCAAUCAAUAAUAUUUUAGCUUUAAAUGCAUCGUCUUAUAAGUCAUAGAAGCAAUUUAAAUAUAAAAUUUUCAGCAAAGUACAUGAAUAUCUGUUAAGCCCGUGGUAAGUAAGAAAACCACGGGACGAAUCUCGAUCAUUUCAAAGACUUAUCCUAUUUAUAAGUCAAUCAUUAGAAGAAAUGAUAACCUAUGUGAAUAGACGAGAUUUUUGAGAGCCCAGGAAAAAAUGCUUUUUGAUAUCGGUGCAAUGUGUAAACAUCGUAUGGGUGCAUGGUAGGAUGUGAGAUUGCAGAUUCUUCUACAUUUCUAUUUUCUUAUUAAAUGUUUUAAAUCACAUAAAAGCAUAGCAAAUUCGUUCAAAUGAUCAUCUCCUAAAAAUACCAAAUUUUAAAAAAGUGGAUUAAUCGGUCACCAAAGGACGGAUUAACUAUUAAUCGGUAAAAGGAUCAAUUAGGCUUUAUCCUUGAAAACCAAAUUUUUGUAUUCAUUUAUUUUAUGUUAAUUUUACUUGAGAUCGGAGCUGAGUAAAGGUGAAGCUCUAGUUAACAAAAUGUUUCGGUAGCAGAGCAAGAGUUACCAAAAAAAAUUUCCCAAAUCCAGCAUAUAUAUAUAUAUAUAUAUAUAUCACGCACUUUUUUACUGUUUUUAUGCCAACAUUCACUGAUAAUUUCCGGCUAGUACAGUGAUCAGCAAUAAAGUGACAUACAGCAAUUUGAUGCUUGAUUUUUCUCUAUAUAUCUUAAUGAUUUUUAAGAAAAAUGUUAUAUAAUUGUCAUUGUAUUUAACGAUCAACACGUUUCUACUAUCCAAAUUGUACUUUAACUAAUGAAGAGUAAUAGAGCUUGAGUAAAUUGAAAAUUUCUAUUGGUUUAAUUUUAAUUUCCUAGACCUGCUUAGGACCAAGUUAAUUUUUUUUUAUAAUCUAAUAUUGUUUGCUUUACUUUUUUCAGUAAUAGAAAGCGAAACAGGAGAUUCCAUUUUUUCGACUGUUUGGAAUCAAAUGAUCGAAAAGAUGGGUAAUGAAUCUAAAUUUUGUACUAAUUUAAUUUUUUUUGCAAUAUAUCUUUAUUAAUGUAAUAUAGUGAUUUUUUUCACUGGGAAUUAUAGAGUUUUAAAUUUAUUUAAUUUAAAAGCUUAAAUUAUUAUUGAUAUUUUUUUUAAAAUUAAUUUGUUGUUAUAUUUUAUUUCUCUUUGUCAAUAAUAUUUUGCUAAAGGCAAUAUACUUGAAGCGAUUACUUCAUGACGUAGCAUAAUUAUAUUAAUUGAAAUGUAUUCUAGGCUUGGAAAAAUAUUAUAUUUUUCAUGUGUAACUUUGCACUUCUGUGAACAUAUGCUUAGGCCUUGUUUUCUUUUCAUCAUCAGGUAUCCUGACGAAAACUUUCAGUUAAGAGGUUCAUUUCUUAGAUUUUUUAUUGUUUUUUUCCUUUAAAAUUUAAUCACAAUACCUACCGUUUUUAAUUUAGUGAAGAUUUUCUAAGGGGCAUUUAUUAUUGAUGUGCCAUUUAAUGGGUAAAUAAUUAAUUAACACAUGGAAACCAAUCACCCUUUUUUAAAAGAUAGGCAUUCCCCACUCAGCAAGUGGUUCCAAAGAAAUGACAAAAUUACAAUAAAACUUAGCACUAGCUAGCACUAAAAUGGAAUUGGGAAUAACGUCAAAUAAAAUUAAUUUCAAAUUUUACUUUUUGUGAUUACUACAGUAUUCUAGCUUCCUGGUUUGAUUUUUAUUUAUUAUUAUCAAGUUUUGUUUUUGAAAAAAAUAACAACUUCCCGAUUAUGUUCAUCUUGAACGAACAUCUGAAUUUUUAUUUUAGUUAUAUAGUGACUAACCGGAUAAGGACAAUGUGCAGAUCUUAUUUCCAAAACUAUGAAACGGAAUAAUUAUGCAACCCUUGGCAACACAGUUUUUCAUAUAAAUCCUUUAUAAAAUAUAGUAUCCAGCUAUGAGGGGGGGGGGGGGGCUAACACUUUGACAAACAUGCAUACAAGGAACGCGUUUUAUAAAAAUCCCAAAUAGUGCCCCCUCCCCUCCUUUUCCCAAGGUUCGGAACAGAACAUUUUUUCAGGGGGGGGGGGGGGGGGCUAACACUUUGACAAACAUGCAUAUAAGGAACGCGUUUUAUAAAAAUCCCAAAUAGUGCCCCCUCCCCUCCUUUUCCCAAGGUUCGGAACAGUACAUUUUUUCACGUCGGAUCUAUAUUAAUCGUGUAACGACCCACCCGAUUUAACAUCGCAGAUUUAUUUCACGAACCCUUUCAGAAUCCAAAAGAAAACAUUACCCAUCAAGAAUAGCUUGCGCUAUCUUUUUUUUAAGAAUAUCAUUGAGCGCUGUUAUCGGGAAUUUAUUGUAUCUUCCACUUGUAAAGGAGGACGAUAUUGGCAUUCAGUCUAUGUGUCAAGUUUCCCUUCGAUAGAUUUACUGAAAGUUUGUAAAUUUGCAAAAAGCAAAGCGAAGUUAAUAUAAUUGAUUUAAAAAGAAUGCUCCACUACUUUAUUUACAACAUGAAAAAUAAGAAACAAGUAACCUAGCCCUAGAUUUUAUAAAAAUGUACAACAGAUUACAAACGCUCGAUUUACUACCUUUAUCGAAAAUCUUCACGCCAUACUUAAACUCAACUUUGUUUACCUCAAAGAGGCCUGAUUGUCAUGGAGCAGUAAAACAAUUGAAGCAACCUACAGAUUUUACUAGAAAGUCGACGGACGCACACAGAUAGCACAGUGUUUGAUUCGCUAUAAAAACACAGUCGCGGUCUGCAUUUAGCCUUUUUUAUUAGGGUCAAUGAAAAAUGAGUGCCUCUGGAUAUCAACAGCUUCAGAAAAAGCAAGCAUAUUCAGCGUAUAUAUAUAUAUAUAUAUAUAUAUAUAUAUAUAUAUUUAUAUUUAUAUAUUUAUAUAUAUAUAUAUAUAUAUAUAUAUAUAUAUAUAUAUAUUUAUAUAUUUAUAUAUAUAUAUAUAUAUAUAUAUAUAUAUAUAUGUGCACAUUGUCCUUAUAUAUACGUGUGUGUGUGUGGUUGUGCGUGUCUAACAUCCUUCCGUAUUCACGAGACAAUAGAGUAUCUUUUGACACUUUAUUAAACGUCUUACUAGCCCGAUCAUAGAAAUACAGUAUCUACUUAUAUAUACGUGUGUGUGUGUGGUUGUGCGUGUCUAACAUCCUUCCGUAUUCACGAGACAAUAGAGUAUCUUUUGACACUUUAUUAAACGUCUUACUAGCCCGAUCAUAGAAAUACAGUAUCUGCUAAAAUUCUCACAGGAUAGACUUUAGUCCUUGGCAUCGGUAAAGUUCUUUUUGUUGCCAAAGCUAUGUUUCGAGCAUCUUCUGCCUGACUUCUUCAUACAAUGAUAUAACCAGCUGGAAUGAUUGUCGGUGAAGAUCUCACUUCCUUUGAUUUUUUUAUAACUUUCCCCUACGUUCCUUUUGCAAACGUCCAGAAAUCUUUCCCUCUUUCGCAAAUAUUUUUUUUUGGCGUAAAGACUUAAUAUUUUUAUAUUUGGGUUAGAUAUAAUUAAUAAACAGCAACUUUUUUAUUUUAUUUUAUCAUUAUUUUUUUUAGAAUAAAAAAAAAAAACAUUAUACAUUUUACCUGAAAAUACAUUUCAAGUAACAUGUUAUUCUUUUUUUAAAAUUUAAAGUGGAUUACUAAAUAUUUUGAUUUAAGUUAAAUUUUCAGUAAUCAAUUUGCUUUUAAAAAAGCAGAUUAUUUUCUAAUUCUCAAUAGAAGCUUUAAAAUUGAAAUUUUAAAAGUCUUCAGCAAUUUCAAUUAAAAUGUAUUUUUAAAUUACAUUUCAAAAUCUAAAAAUAAUAAUAAUAAUACAUCGAUUAUAGAAAAUCAUUUUUAAAACCUUGUGACAAAACUUUGAAGAAUCCUUUAAAAAAUACUUUUAAUUUUCCUCAGAAGUUAUUUUAUCAUUGGUAUAAAAUAUCUGUUUAAAUUUUUAAAUGGAUGUAAUGUAACAAAUGUAUUCUUUAUUGUAUAACACAAUUGUUUUGUAACAUAACAUGUAUUUUAUUGGUAUUAUUCUAUCAUAUCAUUUUAUUAAGAAAAGAAGCGGGAAAUGAAAAACAUUUUAAAUAUUUCUCAUAUAGUAGCUUUUAAUUAAUGUAUUUUUUAAAAUGUCUAUUCGAAAGUAUAAUUUAUCAUUUAUAUUCUAAACGAUAAAAUAUAUUUCUUUAAAAAAUACAGCAGCCGAAAGAAAAAAAAUUCUAAAGAAUAAUAAAGAGAAAAAGUCACCUGCAGGUAUGUUAAUUUUUAUAAAAAAUAUGUUUAUUUUCCGUUAAAUUUACUCAAAAUUAAAAUCUAGCUUUUGAAAAUUAAGUUGAAAAUUCCUUUGAUUAGGUUGGCAAUUCAAUAUCAUACAAAAACUUUCAUUUUACACGUUACAUUUUUACCUAUUAUUCACAAAUAAUUAAGUAAAGAAAAUACAAUUGAUAGACACCAUUUUUUAAAAGAAAAUUGUAAUAAAUAGUAAUAUGUUUUCAGACAUGUUUUCCAAAAGAUUAAAUGGAGACAGAAUGAUCAAUCCAUUGAUCAUGGGCCCUCAAAAUAUAGAAGAUAGGCGAUGUUAGUGAUUGCGUAGAUUAACAUACAUACAUUCAUGGAAUUGAAGACUACAGAUUAGCCCUACUCAUAACAGAAUGGUGUUUACAGUUUUAAUUUUAAUACAAAUUUGCAAGCACAGUAAAUUUUCACUAAUUAAUCGAGUAAUUUUGUAUGAUAAAUUAACAGAAAGUUAAUAAAAUAAUGAUUUUUAGAAUAUUUCUGAAAAAUAAUACUGUUCAGUCGACGCCAUGCGUAAUCAUUGUCAAUCAUAUGUUAACUAAUGAUACACUUGAUAGGCCUGGGAUUUUCACGAAAGUUCAUCCAUGAAGGUCAUGUGCCGGCAAUCGUAAAGCAAAAAAUAUGAAAAUGUAAUUAAAUUAUCCUUUAACAGUUUUCAAUUGGAGAUUUAUGUGACUUUUCAUUGUUUUUCAUUGAACAAUUGUUUUGUAUAAGACAUGGGACUUUACACGUCUUAUGUGGACCGAGGAAGUUGCCGUGCACAAGGUAUACAAUAUCAGAUGUGUUUAUUUAAUAAGACAUGAUGAGGAUUAUGCAAAAUCACAAGAAGAUGAGAGAGUUGCUCAUGUCGCUAAACUUUUAAAAAUAUCUUUUGAGGCAGCAUAUUUUUUUUCAAGAAAGCAAACAAAGAAAGUGAUGCGGCAGUUGAAGCUAGUUUUUUUCUGGGUGAUAUGAUUGCUAAGGCAGGAAAUUCAUUCAAAGAAGGCGAAUUCAUCAAUAAGUGCAUGUUACAAGCUGCAAGUAUAGUCUUCCCGGAAAAAAAUGAUUGUUUUAGCAACACAGCCCUUCAACCAACACAUUGGCAGAGUGCAUUUCUAAAUGAUCAACUGUGUUAGAAAGGUAAAUAUUUCCAGGCAUACUUAGUCACUCUUGAUGAGAGCACAGAUGUUACUCACACUGUACAACUCGCCAUAUGUGUCCGUGGAGUUCAUAAUAAUUUUGAAGUGAUAGAAGAGUUGCUCAAAAUGAUUUCAGUAAAAGUCCAGACCACUGCACAGGAGAUAUUCCGCCAGCUGUGUGAUUAUAUUGUGGAAACAGCCUUUCGUGGGAAAAUAACCGACACAAAGUACAAAGUACAGAGAAAAUAAAUGGACUCAUGUCACAUGUUCAAAGAAAACGGGAAGAAAAUGGUGUGAAAGAAGCCAAUAUUUUACACUGUAUUAUCCAUCAGCAGACCCUUUGCUGCAAAUGUUCGAAGUUUGACAAAGUGAUGUUUGACGUUGUAAAAUCCAUCAACUAUAUCAGAUCCAGGGGCUGAAAGCCCCGCAGUUCCAAACGUUUUAAAGGGAAAUAGAAUCAUCAUACGAGGAUGUUAUCGUCUUCACCAAGGUUACGCUGGCUUAGUAUGGGAAACGUCUUGAAAAGGUAAGGCUUCUUUAGUUGAAAGCAGAAAUCAACGCCUUCGUGGAAAAAGAUGGUGUUGUUUUUUCCUGUACUAAGUAAUCCCAAAUGGCUGAUGGAUUUUGAUUUUCUUAUUGAAAUUACAUAGGAGCUGAAUCUACAGACCAAUAUUUUCAAUUUUCCAACAUUCAAAGUACUCAUGGACUCGGGUACAACAUUCAGUAGUAAGUAGCUGAUGCCAUUGCAAACUAUAGGAAAAAAUUGAUCACGCCUGCUGACUUCAAAACACACAGAGCCAUUUUUUCACAUUUUUGCUGACCAUUUCUUCGGCAAUGUUGAAGAUGCACCCCUUUCUUUUUCUUGCGUUUUAAAUGGAGCUGAUUGAUUGUCAGGGCUAUUCUGAACUCAAGGCUAAAAUUCAGGGAGGUGAAGGGACAAACAAAAAAAUUAGGACAUUUUAUGAGGGAAUUACCUUCCACCAUCCCUGAGAUUUACCAGUUAUUCUAGCGGAUCAUGUGACCUUUCUGGAGUAAAAUCUCUUUUUUACAAAUGAAAGUUAAGGACCAGAGCCAAACUUACUGAUGAGCAUCGUCAAGCUAUACUGAAAGUCUCAGUUGCUUCCUCAGACAAGCCAAAUGUUGCUCAUCUGUGUAAGAAAAGGCGCUGCCAUGUCUCUGGCAACAAGGAGUAGGAUAAAGAAAGUGAAGCGUAGUUCUUGGUAACCUUAUUAUUUAUUGUUUUAAAAUAAAGAUUGAGCAGAUUGUAACAGUUGUAAUUUAUUGAAUUUGUAAUAUCAUUUUGUAGAAUACUUGAUACGGCCCAGUCUGAAUCAGACUCUACCUUUUGCGGACCCCAGGUGAUUUGAUUUUGAUACCCCCUGAUGUAGAAAAUGACAUCUUCGAAUUGCAUCACCUUUCUCUAUAACAAAUAGAACGUAUUCAAACGUUAACAACAUUUUCCAAAUGAAAGAAAGAGUUUGUGAAACGAGUGGCUCAUCACAUUUAAUCUGUGAACAUCAUAACAAAAGAAAAGGGAGGCAAGCAUCAUGACUAAAAUUAGGCGUACACAUACCAUAAAACUUGUAUGCCUUUUAAGACAAUCUGUUUUAUUUACGUGUCUUACCAAAGCUGAUAGAAAUUGUGUUUUACAAAAAGAAUUUACAUGCAUAUUUUUACUACCAUUAAUGUAGCUCAUAUAGCUCAUAACUUUCUAUUUCAGCUUGCAAUCUCUCAAACGGAGGAAAAAUUGUACAGCCUUAUGAAAAGGACUUUACUAAAAUUAAAGGUAAUACAUUAAUAAAAUUAUAAAUACAUAUCAUUUUAAAAAAAAAAAUAGUAUCUAUAAAAACAAUCAUUGAAUUUAGACUUGUAUUUGAAGAUGAAGCAAAUUUGUUAAACUGGUUAUGUCUAUGAAACCAACUUUAAUUCCUUGUAGUUCUUUAUGUCUACUUACCAACUGGGAUGACUCUGAAUACGUUCUAAAGAUUGGAGGUGAUAUGAAGGCAACUUUAAGAUUGAAAGAGCAAUGAUUUUCAAAGAAAAUCACUUAAGCCUGGGUUUAAUAUGAUGCCUCUUCUAAGACUCGAGUGAAUAUGAGUCCUUAUAUAAACCGUCCAUAAUCAUCAAUAUCAAAAAUCGUUAACAUCAAUUGCAUGCUUGAUAUAUUGCAUUUGCAGACUGAAUUUAUGUUGUUUUUUCAAAUUUAAGCAGAUUAAACUUGUUUUUAAUGUGUUACCUAGGAAAAUAAAUAUUCAAACAUCAGCCCUCUUCUUCUAAAACCUCUUGGAAAGAGGCUCUCAAUUUCUAUCUGGCAUUUUUUUUUGUCCAUAAAAUCUCUUUAACCCCAACUCCCAACUGGUAGAACCCACAUAUAAGCACUUUAAAAUAAAAAUAAAGGUUUUUAUCCCCUAAACAAAAUAAUAUUACUUAAACGUAUUUGAGUAAUAAAGUAAAACUCAAUUUAAUCUUUUUAAAAUGUAUUAAUUAAAUUAUGACCUAUAUACUUUUCCAAAGCGGUACAGUAAUGACAUAAUUAUUUAUAAUAUUUUUAAACAUCUAAAAUUCUCACUAGUCACAGGGGCGAAGCUAGGGUUGGUGUCACCUAGUAAGGUAAACGUUUUGGUGGAUCGGGAUCCCAAAGUGGUCAUGAACCAACCAGGAAAGGGAUCCCAACUUGAUUUUAAUCGGAGUCGGAAUUCCACCAAAAGGGUAUCCCAUCGGUAAAACGGGAUCCCUUUGGUGCCAGGUUAACCGGGAUUGGGAUGCCAUCGGGACCCAACCAACAUCAGGAUUGCACGGGCUAUUGGAAUCCAUCAAGAUAUGGGAUCCCAUUUUGAUAACGGUUUCCAACAUGAUUGGGAUCAAAUGGAUCGGGAUCCCAAUGGGUUCAGGAUCCAUGUGAAAAGGGGCACAUCGGGGUCUUGAACACGACAGGGAAAAGGAUCCUAUUCGAAAACGGAAUCUAAUCGUGAACUUUAUCACCAAGGGGUCAUUCUUCAAUUAGGGAAAGGAUCUCCUUAAAUGGGAUCCAACAAAAAUGGGAUCCAACAAGUAAAGGAGAAUUGUAGCCGUUUAGAAACUGUAUACAAUCGGGAUCCCAUUGUGAUUUAAUAGGAUUCCAUUUUAAAUUAACCAGGAUCCCAUUGGGAUCAGGAUAUGGAAAUCCCAACAGAAAAGGAUCCUCCUGGAAAUAAGAUCACUUUGCGAUCGUAUUUUAAAUAUAAUUUUUUUUAAGAGAAAAAAAAUAAUUUUAAUAUUUUUUUGGUGAUUUUUUUUAAAGGCCCUUUAUAUCGACAUUAGCUUAAAGGCUGUAUAAGUUGUUGUUUUAGUAAUGCAAUGCUGGGCCUUGCCGUGAAUGUUAGCUAGUAUAGUAGGUACCUCGGAUUACGAAAGCAUUAGGUCAAAAACAAUGCGGGUUAUAGACAACGAAUUCGUUAGGAAAAAAAAUUGUCUAGAGUAACGAAAAGUGCCUUAGGUUAUGAAAGAAGGUGACGGAGAGCAAGGUUUAAUUUUGUAUAGAAAAGAUGGCGUACGUUGCACACAUAGUACAGUAUGGUUAAUUAAACUGUCUCAGUCAUCAUAAAAAAAGAAACAGUUAUUUAAAUCAGCGAUGUGGCUAGAGACGUAAAUAAACUGCAAAAGCAAAGACCUUAUAUUUCAGAAAAAGUUGAAAAUCUUCUCUUCUCCUUCUAUAUUUUAAUGACCCACAAUCAAUUCAUUGAUCAUUAUAUCUCCCAUACAUGUAUAGGGCAUUUACAAGUUGGUGUGUCUCGUGUUGAAGAGGAUAUUUCUCUGGUUUCAAGGGCUACACAGUAAGAGUAUUAUUAAAUGGGGGUUUGAUGGCCGGAGGCAUCAGAUGCAUAUGUUGCAAGUGUUUUCGCCUCAACUGUUCCUUUUAGAAGCUUUUCCCAGUCCCUGAUUCUCUUUGGCAAGAAUGAGCAGUUCCUAUACUGGCUUCUCGGUGGUAUUUACUGCUGUCAUGACAUCGUCGCUGUCUAUGGUGAGAGGGAAGAGUUUCUGUUUAAUGCUGGAGCAGUGGACCAGCCCAUUAGUUAUAUUGUACAUCAUGGAGAGCCAAAAUAGUUUUCGUCUGUCCUCCAACGGUGAUCAGCCUAGUUUUUCUAGCAUGCUGCCAGCACUAGAGGUAUUCCUGUAGCGGUUCAUUACAAAGCAUGCUUCCCGUCUCUGGACCGCCUGGAACCUGUCGAUGCUCUGCUGAGUAAAUGGGUCACAGACUGAAGAUGCGUAAUCUAAAAGUGGCCGGUCAAAAGCUUAACAGGCUCUUUCUUUUAAUCUGGAGUUGUCGAUCGUUAGAUUUCGCCUUAAGAACCAGAGUGUCUUGUUUGGAUGUCUGCACACAUUGUUAAUACGCUCGUCCCAGUGGACUUCUCUUUAAUUGGUAACACUUAAGUCCUUUACUGGGGGAACUUGCUCAAGUAUAUAGCCAUGCAGUUAGUAAAUGCGGUGUAGAGGAGUACAACUUUUUGAGAUUGUCAGUUUCCAGCACUUGGCUGCAUAAAAUUCCAUUUCAGGCUCAUCUCUAAGUCGGCUAACCGAUUGAGAUCUUGUUGUAGCUCUGCGUGUUUAGGUCUCAGUCUGAAGAUGCGUAAUAAAAAAUGGCUUGACAAAAGCUUUAUGAGCUUUUUUCUGUCACAUUAGAGUCGCCGAUCAUUACAUUUUGCCUUAAGAACCCUAAUGUCUUGUUUUCCUGGUGGUACACAUUGUUAAUAGGCUCGUCCCAAUGGACGUCCUAUUGAAUGGUAACACUGAGGCACUGAGUUACCUUAAUGGAAACUGGCUCAAACAUAUGGCCAUGCAGUUUGCAAGGGUGGUUAAAGAGGGGUACUACUUCUAGAAAGUAGCACUUGGUAGUAUGAAAUUCCAUAUCCCAGCUCAACUCCAACUCAGGAUCUGAUGGAGGUCUUGCUGUAGCUUGUCCUGGUCAUAACUGUUGGUGAUCUGCCUAUAUACAACCGUGUCAUCUUUAAACAGUCUUAUUUGGGAUGUCAGUUUCUAGGGUAGGUCAUUGAUGUAUGCUAUGAACAAACAUGUACCUUGCACCGAGCCCUAGGUAACCACUGAUUUAACAUCGAGAGUGUACCGCCCCCUCUAUUGCCUGGCAUCAGUUAUAUACUAAAGAAGCUAGAGAUCAGGGUUUUUGAUGUGCCUUGAUGCCAUUUCUCUGAUGUUUUUGUAAAAGUAUAUUUUUUGUGAGAAGCCCAUCAGCAGCACGUCAGUUUGCUUGCUUUUCUGCAGAUUGGUCAUCAAGUCUUCUACAAAUUCAAGGAGCUGGGUCUCACAUGAUCUAUUGACUGGGAAAACAUGCUGACAAGCAUUAAGUAUAUUUUGGCUCUCAAGAAGCUUCUUGACUUGCAUUAAAAUUAAUUUAAGUGCUCCAAUACAUUGCAUACCACGCUAAUGACAGAUAUCGGACCUUAGUUGUCAGGAUCGGAAGUGACAUGCGCUAUUCUCCUGUUUGCUGAAACAUUACCCGUGUUAUCAGAACCACAUGCUUUGUAGUGGGUUAAUUGUUUGAGGAGGGCAAGCACAAUCUGCCUCUUCCCCGAAAAUUUAAUAUCUUCUAUGAGAGGGUGGGCUCUGUUCAUCAUGUUGGUCUGCAGAAGGAAAUCAGCCUCCUAGUACUCUCUACCGCCACCAAAGACAGACUGGAACUGUUGAUUAUAUGUCCUCCUGUUCUUUUUACUCAGAUGUCAAAUGACCAUCACACCUCAGUGGGGAGGGGGAACAACCCAAGUAUUUAAGGACUUUUGAUGCUUGACGUAGCUCCAGAAACGUUUGUCCUUGACACCCUUGAUCGGAGUGUCUUCAUAUGAGAAGAAGCCUUUCAACUUCUCAGGUUAUCCCUUUCUGCCUUGGCAUAAUUUGAGAUUUCUCGAAUGAUUUCAUUCUUUUUUAGUAUGUUGACCUGAAAUUUACAACAUGGUAUGCAGUGGUCUGAUAUCCCAUGCAUGACCUUAACACUUGGGAUUUUCUGGACCAAUGAAUACAUACUACUGUGGCAAAAAAUGUUGCCUAGGGUAGGUUCCUCUUACAACGGCCACAGAAACACUAUCUAACCAGAGCCUAAACUCUGUUUUUUCUUUCUUUCUGAUAUAAAAAAAUUCACCAUAGACUUUGAAGUCACAGGUAUACUUUAGAUACUAAUGUGUUUUGCCAAGACAAAAUGCUCGACAAUACUGUUCAUCUGUGAAACAGUGUAACCAAUCAGUCACUCAUUUCUUGAAAGAAACCACAGUCUGACGCCCAUAACAAAAUAUGCCUUCAUAUUUUCUCCGCACCAAUAUAUCGCGCCACUGGAAAUGUGUUAUAGCGUUUCAUGACUGAGAAAAAGUGGUGCGACGCAUGGUGAAGUCCAUAAAGAAAACAUUAUUACUCAUUGAAACAAUUAAUAACCAGACAUAUAGCAUAAACACACGAUAUGACCGUGACACGUUUCACCUCACGAGCGACGUUAGGUGAAACAUAAUGUUGCGAGUUUAAAAGCAAAACAACGGUCCAUGCGUGUGUAUGCGAUGGUCAACCUGACAUUCAAAUAAGAACUUAAAAGUAUAAUCUAUAUCAAAUGGAUAAAAUGUCAUCGAAUGUCUAAAUAAAAACACAUUUUAAUUAUUCAUAAAUUUAAGGUCAAUAAUAUUUUAUUUGCAUGGCCGUUUUUUUAUAGAGUGAUGACCUCUAAUUACACAUACAAAGUAAGUGGUAAUUUAGUUACUGUCUAAAUUAUUUGUUAAAUGUUUAUCUCUAGCCAAAUAUAGCAUUCAAGUCGAUAAUUUGUCACCAAAAUUUGAAUCUUUGCAGAAUUUAAUUUGUAAAAUCUUUAAUAAGGCGAAAGUGAAAAAGAGAAGGAAAAAAAUGUCAACGUCUUAUCUGUUGCGGACAGCCAUGAAUAGUCCCGUCAUUGUUUAAAUAUAAGAAGGUGGAAUGUUUCCAGGAUCCCCUUGCUUUAAAAAAUUGUGUAGGUUAUUGGACCAGCCUAACUCUCCCCUCUCUCUUCUCAUGUCUGAAUUACACGGCACGGUAUCUUCGUAGUCAUUAAACAACUCUUGUCUACAUAAAGACAAUUUUGCGUUACUUUGAUAUGUCAUUUCUCCUUUGUUGCAAUUAUUAUAGUUGGAAAAAAAAUUAUUUUACAUUAUUAGAAAUGUUAUUUUGAGACAAAUCAUUUAUUGUGAAGUUUAUAUUUCCAUAGUCUCUUGACGGAUAUACUUCACAAUCAGUGCCAUUCAGGCAGGCAUUAAUAUCUUCUUUUCAAUUUUCACAAAUAUCUGAGAUUUUUUUUCGGGAUUAGGAGGAAAUUGGGAUUCCCCCCCCCCCCCGGGUCGUGAUUGUGUUUUCAAAAGCCCCAGGUACACCAUAAAUCUAAGGCACUCUAUCAAAAUCAAUAUGUGGAGUAUCCUUAAUACCAGGUUCAUAAUUAAUAUCACAAUCAAAAUCACCAUGUGUACCAUCAACAACAUUAGGUUCAUAAUCAAUGUUGCUAUCAAAAUUAGUGUGUGAACCAGGAUUAACAGUAGGUUCAAAAUUUAUGUCAGGGCGAUAGUCAUCUUGUGCAUUAUCACACCCGCAAUCUGUAUCCAAGUUAUCCAGCGUAUAUUUAUAUGUAUUUGUGUCAGUUUCUUCAAAAUAUUCGUCACCCAUAUCAAACCGAGAAAAUCCUGUUCAUCAUUUCUCUUACUUUUGCUACGGCCCCUUUUUUCAGUUGAGCCUUCAGGUUUUGUUAGCUUUAACCAAGACUUGUUAUCUCGGGACCAUUUAAGCUCAUUGCCAUUAACUUCCACCGUACAUUUUCUCGGUCUACUUUGCCCAUAUCUAUUUUUGAAGGCCCUAUCGCGCUUGUUAUCUUUAAAAUCUUUCUGAUCCACUUUACCACGAGUAUUGCUUGGAACCUCGUCCAAACAAUUCGAUGUUAUAUCUGCUUCGGUAGUCCUGUGACUAUGUUCUUCAUUAGUAAUUUUAAAUUCCUCAAAAUUGUUUAUGUCAAAGAUUUCAUAAAAAUUAUUUCCUCGUAUAUUUUUCUUACCACAGAUUCCGGUGGCAUAUAAAGCGUAAAUCCACCUAAUGCAUUCUUCUCUAAGUUCGUGUCAAGCUUUUUCUUCCUGUCGUACGUCUUCUCCCCCCGUUAGAAAUGGCUUGUCCCUGUUCAGUUGUGGCUUGUGUAACUGGUUUAUCUGUUUUAACUGGACUGCUGUUGCUGUUUCAACGGGAACCUCACAUUAGCGAAUGAUAAGGCCUAGUGUGUUUUCUAUAUUGUGGCUUUUUUAACAAGCCCCUACUGAGACGAAAUCUUGGCUGGUAUGGACGUUAUGGCUCUAUGUGUAGACAAGCCCCCACUAUAGCGACAUGUGGGCUGGUAUGGACGUUAUGGCUCACAGUGUAGACAAGCCCCCACUGUGACGAAAUUUUGUCUAGGGGUAGGUCCCUCUUCAAACGGCCACAGACACAAUAUCAAACCAGAGCCUAAACUCUGUUUUUCUUUCUUUCUGAUAGAAAAAAACCUCGCGAUAGACUUUGAAGUAGCAGGUAUAAUUUAAUAACUAAUUUGUUCCUCCAAGACAAAAUGCACGACAAACCAAUCAUCAACAAUACUGUUCAUCUGUGAAACAGUGUAACCAAUCAGUCACUCAUUUCUUGAAAGAAAACACAGUCUGACGCACAUAAAAAAUAUGCUUUCAUAUUUUCUUCGCACCAAUAUAUCGCACCACCGGAAAUGCGUCAUAGCGUUUCAAGACUGAGAAAAAGGGGUGCGACACAUAGGGAAGUUCCUAAAGAAAACAUCAUUACUCAUUGAAACAAUUAAUAAUCAGACAUAUAGCAUAAACACACUAUAUAACGGUGACAACUAGCAGGAGAUAAUUUUAGUAAGCAAUAACAUGUAAAAAGGCAUAUAUGUAAAACAGUGAAGGCAAAUCGGGGAGUUAUUGUUGAAAUUGCUUUGUGCGAGACUGGUGAUUUUAAAGCCAUGAGAGGCUGAUUUGGAAAAGUUUUUAAAAAGAGUGGUUUUCGUAGUGUAAUUGGUCACAGAGAGGCAGCAAGUUCUAACGAGAAAGAACCAAAAGCGUUCUAGGUGGAUAUCAGGCGUCUUUUAUUGCGAUGAAACGGUAUUAUUUUCUGGUUGUUCUUUGAUCUUAUUUAAUACGUGAAGCACACAUAUUCCAGGCGUUUAGUCAGUUAAGCGACAGGGUGUUCAUUUUAAAAAAGAACGAUUCCUGUCCUUGAAACGGAUUAUCUCUAUUUCAAUGAUUUAAAUGUUUCGUGUUAUGAACACUUCGGAUUACGAACCGAGCUCUGGAACAGAUUAAGUUCGUAACCCGAUGUACCAUUGUGUAUAUAUAUAUAUAUAUAUAUAUAAAUAAAAGUUUGCUUACUUCUGGGUUUGUUGCUCCGUAUACGUUAUACAUGGAUUAAUGUAUCUAUACCAAACUUGGCACAUAUAUAUAUCAUUAUCCUGAGGGAAAUAAUGGGCGCUUAAAAAUUUUAGAAAAAUUCCUUUUGGGAUCUAGGACCCUAAAUUCGUGUUUUUCUUAUAUGAGGUAAGUAAUUUAAAUGACCAACUAAUGCUGCUGCUUAAAUGCCUGGAUCCUGACCAAGUUUAGCACACAUACAUUUGAUUAUCAAUAUUUAAAUAAUUGAUUGUGAAUGAUUUCAGUGUAUCCAUUCCUAUUGGGCCGGGUCCCCUUUCAUGUUUCCUUAUAUAAUCGAUUUAGUUAAAAUUCGAUUAGCCAGACAACGAUUUAGGUUAUAUAUAAAUUGAUGGAACUAGGCCUACAUUGUCUGAAUUGAAAUAUUGGUUGAUUUAAGAUUAAUAAUAUCCAAUUCAAUCAGGUUCGAUCUAGGAUUUUCCAUGACGUUUAAUUAUUAACGUUAAAAGCUAUAUCUAUGUUAUUUUUAAUUGAUUUUAUUGAGACAGCGUCUAAAUUUUUAACUCGAUUAUUUAUCUGAACGAUUUUUAUAGUGCCAGCCACUUUAGGAAUAACUAAAAUGGUACACUUAGGGAAAAGGUCCCACACAGGGGCACCUCUAUUAAAUAAACUGAAAAUGUUUAUAGUUAUCGCAUUUAGGUGUAGAAUUUUUUGUAUUCGAAAAAUAAUUACGAAGAAAAGUAACUUUUUUACAAGUUUCGAGGAUGCUAUCAAAUGUGAUCUAUAAUGUGCAUAAACUUAUAUACUGUACUACAGAUUAUAUAAUAAUAAAAUUAAUAAUGAUAAUAAUAAUAAUAAUAAAGAUUAUUUGAAAAUCACGCUAGGUACAUACCACAUUGAAGUACAAAAUGCAACAUUACAAAAACUACAUACGAGAAUACCCAUUCUAAGUCUUUCAUACCUUGCAAACAUAAAUAACACAAGCCAAUAUAGUUGUACAAGAUAAUAGCUAGAUAGACAACAUCACACCAGCAGGUGUUUGCGAAAUAGAUAGUCUUCAAAUCCGUUUUGAAAGAUUCCAGUGUCUGGCUGUUUCUGAAAGCGAUUAGAAGGGUGUUCCAAAUUGUUUCGCCAGCAAACGCGAAAUGUGCCCCUCGUAAGUCUCCAGGCGAACACGUGGUAUCGAGAGUUUGCCACUAUCAGAUCAGUGGAGUUGUGUAGUGGGUAGCACUUAUAGAUAGGAUGGGGCAAGGUCAUGCAAGGAGCGGUAGCACAGAUUUGCUAAUUUAUUUAAAGUUUAGUUUUAUUCUAUUCACUCCAAUAAUUUCCUAGGGAUUUUUUUAUCACCGAGUCAUCUUUUUAUUCUUGAAGCAUCGAUUUUUUCUCUUUAAUUUUUUCUUAUAAUUAUGUAAAUGCCUUUAUCAUAUGUAUAUUAUGUUUCUUUCGCUUUGAAUACUUAAAUUACGGUAUAUCCUAAUAUGUAUAUCCAUGGAGUUUAGCUAAAGUUUUUAAACGAACACUUUAUAAUCCUAACAGAAAAGGAAAGUGAUCCCCUUAAAUAACAAGAUCCUACAAGUGAACGGGAUCAAAAUUAGAAAAUUAUAUCCCACCCAGUAGCAGUAUCACAGAAAAUAGAUCAUGAUAUGAAUGGGAUCUAACAGGGAUCUGUAUACCAAUGGUAAAGGGAUCAAACACUUAAUUGGAUCACAUCAGAUAGUGGGAUCCCAAAGAGGAACGGGAUCACAACUUUUCGAAUGUUUGAUCACAUUUAGAAAAAUUAUCCCUUAAAAAUCGGAAUUUAUUUAUUUAUUUAUUUAUUUAGGCAUUUUUAUACAGCGCAUACCUUAAAGCUCUAAGCGCUUUACAAUUAUUAAAAACAUAUAAACUAAGUAAAAUAAAAAUGAGACACUAGGAUAGUAACUGCUAUACUAUAGAAACAAUGAAAAUGGCUAUAAAACGAGGACACUUUGACACGUUUUGGACUAUACUUCAGGAUCAACCUGAAACAGAAAAUGGGUUCGGAAUCCCAAAGGGUGAAGAUCACUGGGAUCUGGAUUCCACUGGGAUCUGGAAACCGCCGGACCGGAAUUCAAUCAGAAUAUGAGAUACCAUGUCUAAACGGAACCAAUCGACAUCCAUAUGGGGUUCUGAUGCAAUUGGGAACAGUAUUCCUUCGGAAAAUUGCUAUCCCAUCAAAAUCUGGAUCCAAUCUGAAUCGGGAUCUCACUGGGAACGGUAUUUCAUUUAGAUCAGCAAUUAAUCGAGGUUAAUUCGGUUCCCAUCAUGAUCGGGAUCUAGAUCCCAAACUUGUGAAUGUGAUCCAAACUGAGAAGGCUUCCGACUGGGGUUCGAAUGGGAAAUUGGAUCUUUUUAGGAUCGUAUGUGAAAAAGUGUUUUUUUUUAGAUGCCCCUUAAUUUCCAUGACAGCUAAAAAGAUGUAAAAUUUGUGGGUUUUUUUCGAAUGCAAUCCCGAGCCAUGCCCUUGUAUAUUGGCUAUUAUGUAUGUAUAUAUAACUGAAUUUAUUUCAUUUAAGACAAAAUUAGUUCCUUUUAAAUAAGUUUUGAAAACUAGGUCGUAUUUAACAAAUAAUCAUGUUUAAAAUUGUUAACUAACUAAAGCAUUAAUUAAUAUUUAACUUAAAGUUGUUUAAAGAAUAUAUAUAUUUUUGUAAUUUUUUUGUUUAACACACAACAGCAUAUUUGAAUGAUAUACUAUGCUUAAAACAAUUAUUGAAGAAGAAGCUAUUUAAAUUUUUUUAUUGAAGUGAUCAUCCAGCGGGUGUAGCAAAGCUCAAAGAUGGAAAUGCAAAUUCUAUAUGAGACAUAAAGAAAAGAAUUAUGUCGUGAAAUAUAAUCGUAUUACGAAUAUUAUAGUUAUAUUCAGUCUCAUAUCAUUAUGUGUUUGUGUUUGAUAUAUUAUGAUUGUAGUAGGUCAACCUUUGAAAAUGCGGAACCUUUUAUAAUUCUUACUUUGCACCAUUUCUAACUUUGUUAAAUUUCUAAUUAUACGUAUUUAAAAAUAUAAACACUAAUUUAAUUUAGCAAGGUGUGUUAAAAUAUUAGUUUAAAUUUAAAAAAAAAAAAGAAAUUAUUUUUAUUUAAGGUAUCCAGAUUUUUUAUUUAAAAAAAAGUCACAAAAUUGAUGUGUACAAUAAUGGUCAUCUGUAAGUGUUAGGUAUAGAAUAGGGUAAUAUGCUAACCAAUUUACUAACAUAAAAUAAUAAAAACGUAUAUUUUAAAAAAAUUAAUUCACAUUGGCUUUUAAUUUAGUAAUUUUGGUUUUGAUUAAUAAAAAUAAUAAUAAAAUAUGAUUAGUGAUUUAUGCAAAUUAGCUUGACAGGUAUCUUAUUGUAUAUUAUUGUAUAAUAAAUCAAAUCGUUUCACUUUGUAAAGAAAUAUUAGUGCUCACGUUUUUACCCUCUAUUUUUAUUUACUUUCGUAGCGUUCUUCGUCAUAAAUAUUUUCUAAAAUAUUCUUUUAUACUUUCUCGUCUACUUUCGUUUAUCUUUUCUGAUUAAUGAACUUACGAUUACCCCAAGUUCGGCUGCGCUAUUAGUAGGGCGUGAAUUGUUGUAUCACAUGUACGCGGACGAUACACAACUUCAUCAAUCCAUGAUCCCUUCUCAGUUCCCUCAGCUGCUCAGUAUGACACAGAAGACAAGGGAGUCGGUUAAGCACUGGAUGACGAUAAACAAGCUCAAAUUAAAUGAUGAUAAGACUGAGCUGCUCCCCAUUGCGACCGCUCAGAAGCAGAAAUCUGCACAUAACACGACAUCCAUUACUCUCUCAGGUGUGCGUAUUGAGUUAGCUCAAACAGUGCGGUACCUGGGUGUCUACCUAGAUGGAAGACUAACUUUUGAAAGUCAUAUUAACAUGCUAUGCAAGGCGAUUUUUCUGGAGCUGCGCAGGAUUAGUCACAUCAGGCCCUUCCUAACAAUUGAUGCAACAAAGAGGCUGAUGUCUGCAUUUGUGCUAUCACGCAUGGACUAUUGCAAUGCUCUUAUGGUGGGUCUUCCAGCUACGCUCCUGGAUAAAAUUCAAAUAGCACAGAAUAAUGCGGCUCGCAUUGUUCUCCGCAAACGCAAGUUUGACCAUGCAAAAACACUUCUGAGAGAGCUGCACUGGCUGCCAGUGCGUGCUCGCAUGGAGUACAAAAUCGCAACUUUGUGCUACCGCUGCUUACAUGACCUGGCGCCGUCCUAUCUGAAAGAGCUGCUGACGCCUUAUGUACCCACUAGAGAGCUCCGCUCAUCCGAUAGUGGCAAACUCUCGACACCACGUGUUUGCCUUGAGACUUACGGAAAGCGCACUUUCGCAUUUGCUGGUCCACUAAUUUGGAACGCCCUUCCUGUCGAUCUCAGAAACAACCAGACACUGGAGUCCUUUAAAACCGAUUUAAAGACACAUCUAUUUCGCAAACACCUUCUGGGAUGAUUGUCAACAUUAUUUUCCAGUUAAUGCAUAAUGGCUGUGUUGCUUAUGGUUGAAAUGGCUAGAAAGACUUUGCCAUUGUAUGCUUGUACUUAGUUUUUGUCGUGUUGCGUUUGUUUUAAAUGUGGUAAACUAUAGAUUUGUUUUGUUUUUUUUUGUUGUUUUUUUUUUGACUUUGUACCGCGCUCCGAGCCUUUGGGGAUGAAGCGUGUUUUUGAAAUGAACUUUAUUAUUAUUAUUAUUAUUAUAUAUAUACAUAUAAAUAAGCCGAGACAAUGGAGGGCAGGAACUGUGGAGUCUGAUGAGGCGUGUGAUAUUUUUGAACGUGUGCUAUCUUUGCCAGAGAGCUUUAUUUAUUGUGUGUUGGUAGAUCAUUGUACAUUUUUACAACAUUGUAUCUUCUUUGACAUUUUACCAAUACAAGUCAAUCAUUAUAUUGUAGGACAAUAGCUUUAAUUUUAUCUCUGUUUGAUUUUGUAAUUUAUACUUAACAUAAUAAAACUUAUUAAUUGUAAAAAUCGUAAUCUUUGUUAUUGUAUUUAAAAUAUGGUACCGUCUUUUGUUGCGUACUGUUUUAGAAAGAGCCAUUUAUUUUAAUAAGAGAUUAAUUUCUCCAUAUUGAUAACAAUACGUAAUAAAUCUCUUCAAUAGUCUCUACAAUAUUCUAUAAAAUUAUGUCUAUAAUAGUCUCUACAAUAUUUUCUACAAUAUUAUAUACAAUAGUCUCUACAAUAUUCUCUCAAAUAUUCUCGCCCUCACAAUUUUAAAACCAUUCAAAAUGAUUGCUUAACUUUUAUUACAAGAUCUCAGCACACGUUAUAAAUAUCUAAAGUGUAAAUAUGUGUACACUCGUUUAUUUUCAGAUACAGUGAAAAGUUGGGAAUUAGAAAUGAAGAAUAUUGUUCAACAAACUAAAGGUGAUCAAAAUUUGACAAUGUCAAUGGAGUUCUUUUAUGUUGGGUUUUACUCAUCUUUUGGCUUAGUUCUAUAAUAAUUUUUUAAACAUAUAUUUACAUACAUUAAUUUCUAAUUUAUUUUUAAAUUAAUAAUAUAAUCCACAGAUUAUUAUCUUAAUAAUACACGUGGAUUAAGUGAAAAGGCAAAAAAAAUUUGGAUUGAAGGUAUUCUAAGCUUACUUUUUCAAUGAUUUGAAUUAAACUCUUCAAACUUUUAUGUAUGAAAUGUAAAUACACUAAUUGGUAUAUAUGGCAUUUUAGCAGAGAUUACUAUUUUUAUUUCAAUUACAUUUCCAAACUUAAAAGUAUCAACAUUACAAUUUUAAAAUUUGUGUUUAUAAAUAUGUAUUAACAAUUUUAAAAAAAUUAAAAAUUUUCACAGAGUUCUUAGAAUUACUUUGUAAAGUGCAUCAAGGAAACACGAAUGAGGGUGAGACACAUGUAAUUUACUAAAUUCAUGUAUAAAUAUUUAUACUGUUAUAUGAAUAGAAUUAUCUAUAUAAAUAGAGCCCAAACUGAGUUUUUUUUUUAAACUUAUAUACUAAAAAAUUUCUAGACUUAGAGAACUAUAAUUUAACAAAAAAUGUUCUCUAUUUUUACUAGUGAAAGACUUGUAAUGCCAAUAAAAUGUGCGACUAGAGGUUGGCCGAUGGGGCCAAAAAUUCGUGUUUUUCAUAUUAUGGGCUAAAUAAAGUUCAACGUGUGUAAAUAAAAUAAUAUAUAGGUAAAUAUGGUUAUAUAAAUUUAAAAAAAAUUGUCUAAUAUUCGCCUCAAAAUGCUCGGGCUCAUCGGUGCUACGUUCAAAGGUCUCAUUUUUUGUUGGAAAACAAUCUAAUGAUUGUCAUUGAUGCUUGUUACUGGAUUGUUGCUGAGAAAAGUGCGUUUUAUAUUACGUGCCAUGAAAAGUUGACUGGUGUGUUCAGAUUAACAGUCACACAUUUGCUUAGCAUGUAGAAUGUUUUGAAGGGCAUUCCGUCGACGAUGAUUUUUUAUUGUUGUUUUUCAAGCUAUGUAACCAUAACUAAAGUCCAAUAAGCUAAACCUUCAGUGACAUAGAAUGUGAAACCGAUCAGGAUAUCACUUAUUUCCUCUCAGUAUCUAGAAAAUCACUUUAAUUAAGCUUUAGCAACAAAUUCCUGUGUUUUCUUAUAGCUCUAUAACUUAUGGAGUAGAUCCAGAUCAUUCUGCAGCUCAGAAGAGGCACAUGCGCAUGGAAACCACGCGUUCAUAAAGAAAUUCCUAAUAGCCUCGAGAAAAAGUUUACGUGCAUUCGGACCGAAUUGGGAGAAAAACAGGAAUAAAAAUUAGCUCUCUAAGUCAAGAAUAUUUUUAGUCUUAACGUACAGCAAACCCUAAAUUGAAAUGUAUAUAUAUAUAUAUAUAUAUAUAUAUAUAUAUAUAUAUAUAUAUAUUUUAAGAAAAAAAGAAAAAAAAAAAUGCUCUCUAUAAAAAGAAUAUUUUUAUUUUAAAAAUACAGAAAACACUAUAUAUAAAUAUAUAUAUAUAUAUAUAUAUAUAUAUAUAUAUAUAUAUAUAUAUAUAAAUUUUGCUAAAGUUUCUAGAAUUUUCAAGAGAAAACUGAAACGUUCUUAACUUGUGCUAUUUGAAACUUUAAUAAACUUUAUUAUUCUGGUUGAAAUAUUGGUGGCUGUUGGUCACAAUUCGCCCAACACCAGGUUGACCAAUGACGGCUAAACUUUUAGUUGUUAUUAUUUUCUAGGUGUAUGCAUACGAGUCUUACUAAAUAUUGGCUUCAAUUUUCUUGGAAAUAAUUUCCACCGCAAUUGUUUCUAACAAUUGAAAUGUAAAGAUAUAUACUGAUAAACGUCAAAACACAUAUUAUCACAAUUAACAUUAAAUAAUCACUAAACCAAUAUUUCACUCUGUAGUGUGUUUGGGUUUUAAGAUAUGGCUGUAACGGAAAUGAAGUCCCACGAUUAAAUGAAAAUCUUCUUCUUCUUCUAUAUAUUAAGGGUCCACGAUCAAUUUAUUGAUCAUUUAGGCUCAUAUGCAUGUAGAGGGGAUUUGCAAUUUUUCUGUGCUUGGUGUUGAUGAGGACAUUUCAAUGAUUUCCAGUGCCAAUUUGUGAGGGAAUCAUGCACUGGGGGUUUGAAGGCUUGAGGCAAUAGACACAAAUAAGUCUAAUGUUGUCGCCUCAACUGUUCCUUUUGAAAGCUUGUUCCAGUCCCUGAUUGUCUUGGGCAGGAAUGAGCAGCUCCAAUACUGGCUUCUUACUGGUAUGAGCCUGAAUUGCCUUUCAUGGCCACGUCGCUGUCUAUGGAGGAGAAGGACGAGUUUCGGUUUAAUACUGGAACAGUGGAUCAGCCCAUUAUUUAUCUUGUACAUAAUGGAGAGCCUGGGUUGUCGUCGUCGUUCCUCCAAUGGUUUCAAUAUGUAACUCAGCAGCCGACGCCUAUCCCACCUUUGAAAUCUAAAAUGGAAAAUGAUAAAAUGCAUAUUUCAAAAUUGUAUUUUAAAUUCUCAAACGUAAAAGAGUUUUGAGGCAUAGGAGAGAUAUUGAUAUAAACGGGAAAUACACUCACUGUUCUGUGGCAAAUCUUGUGUUGCCUUGGGCACCAUCUAAAAAUAACAUAAACCAACCUUGUCUCCAACACACAAAUAAUUUAUUAAUUUGUUAAUGCACAUUAAUAAGUAAACUCCAGGGGUCUUACCACACUAGGUUUUCAAGCUUAAUCGGGAGGCAUGACCCACGCUCUAUAAUAAUAGUGUUAUUGACAACAUUCCAACACCCACAUUUACUGUGAAAUGUACCCAACUUCAAAAUGAUUUACAUAAAAAAAAUGUAAGCUCUUGAAGUACAUUGGGUAAUUUAAUGAACCCGAUUUAAUAAAGUAACAGGGAGGGGGGAAUAGUGUUUGCAUGCUAUUAAACAGAGCGUAACCAAUCACAAUGACUUGUUCUUAUAUACUAGAAGAUAAGCAUCGACGUUAACGGAGUUAUUUAUUUUGGGUGGCAUAAUGAGUUACUUUCUACAUGAUAUUGCGAGAUCUCAACAUCCAAAAAUCCAUUUUUAACGUGUGUAACUAAAUCGAGUUUUCAUGUAUUCAUUGCUCAAAAAUUAGAAUUACGGCAAUUUUCCAAGACAUUGUUUUGUAUAUUUAGGAAAUUGUUAAUCAAACUUUCCUUUUUUAAAUAACGUAUCUAUGGAAAGAUUUGAUGUUAACGUUUCACGUGUCAUUUGAAUUUUUAGAAUUUCUUUUAUUCUCUUAUAUGUCCCUACCAUUUCAUUAACUAUAAAGGAAACAUGUUUUCUAAAAAAAAUUGUACUAACAUAUUCUUAAAUUUCAAAGUACAAAUAUAUAUAUAUAUAUAUAUAUAUAUAUAUAUAUAUAUAUAUAUAUAUAUAUAUAUUCUCUCUCUCUCUCUCUCUCUCUCUCUCUCUCUCUCUCUCUCUCUCUCAGAGAGAGAGAGAGAGAGAGCGAGAGAGAUCGAUAGAUAGAUAUGUAUAUAUUACCGCAGACGUUGCAAUGCCACUAAAAGAAAGAAAGUCUUUGUGUUUUAAGUUUCUUGAAGCGGUUUUAAACAUGCAAAUAAUUUUUGUACUUCUGGUGUGCUUACACCAAUAAAUCAGAAGUAUUUUUCCCACAGCAGAGCAGGUCAUAUACAGCUGUCCAUGGGAGAAGCAUGGGUCUUCAAAUUUAUUCCACAUACUUGUAGCGAUUGUCCCUGUGCUUCGUUCAUGGUCAAUGCAAAUGUGAAGUAUUGUGUGGCAAUAGUUGCAAAAUACGCCAACCCAUGAUAUGACCUAAUUUGUGCUGCCUUGGGGAAAAUCGCAUUUAAAAAUUGUUUCUUCCUCCCCACACACACACUCAUAUUUAUUAAUGUUUUGCUUAAAUUCCAAAAAUUUAACUAAAAUAAUAGCGUAUGUAUAUUUUUUUGCGAAUUUAAAUUUAUUCGAUUUCUGUAAAGUUAUAGAAGAUAACUAUGAUCGUGUUUAAGAAUCCGAACGUAUUCAAUCUUUUCGGUUGUUAUGCGUUACGUUCAUUCUCGUUCAUUCUUAUAUAUAUAAAUAUAUAUAAGCAUUAUUUUUAUCUUUACAUUUUUAGAAAAUUAACGCUGGGGGAAAAGUGCGAGAAAAAUCUUUUGAGAAAAAACUGUCUUAAAAAAACUUACAAUUCUGGUAAAGACGUAAAAAUUGGUUAACAAAUUUUUAUGAAGAUAUAAGUCGUCUGUGUUUUUUUACUCGAUGGUUUAGUUCAGGGCAAUUCAAAAAGUAGGUUAAUUUUUAUAGAAAUAAACCGAUACAUCAAUAUUCGUUAAUGUUACAGAUAUUUGAAAUGAUCAAUGUACAUUGAUUUUUGGUGAGUUUUAAUAUACAUUUCAAAAUCAUUUUAAACAUGAAGCCUUUUUGUUAAAGACUUUAUUGUGAAAAUUGUUUUUUUUAAAAACAAUCUUUUGAAAUAAAAUAUGUACUCAUAUUUAGAUACUUAAUUUAAUUAAAAUGACUAAUAUCCAUUGAAAUUAUCAUUUUAAGUAUAUACAAAGCUCACUUUAUGGGCAGGUAUAUUUUAAAUUAUUUUACAAAUUUUACACCAAAGAAAUAUUAAAUCCAAUUUUUCUGCUAUUUUUAUAACGUACAUCAUUUGGGCAUUCACAGAUUUUAUUUCUCCAAAUAUGCCUGAAACAAUGAAAAAUUGUAUUAAGUCCUUUGCAAACUGUAUCUAUGGUAGGUAUUUUUUUUUAUUUCUUUAUUUUUUUUUUAAAGUAGCAUUUAUUUAAAUAUAUAAUCUCAUACUUAAAUGUAGAUUUUGAACUAUUAUCGUUAUUGGUCGGUAAAUGUAAUUUUUUUUUAAAACAUAAUAAAAACGAUAAAUGGGUACGGUAUAGCUUUCCUAGAAUAACAUACAUAUAUUAUAUAUAUAUAUAUAUAUAUAUAUAUAUAUAUAUAUAUAUACAUAUUUUGAAAUAAUACGUGUAUAUAUAUAUUUUUUUUUAAAAAAUAAAAAAAAAUAUAAAUAUGUAUGAUAUAUAUUUUUUAUAAUAAUAUAUAUAUAUUAUAUAUAUAUAUAUAUAUAUAUAUAUAUAUAUAUAUAUACAUAGUUUGAAAUAAUACGAGUGUAAAUAUAUAUAUAUUUAUAUAUUAUAUAUAUAACAAAUUAUUAAGGUCAUUGUAUUUUAUGUUAUCUUUUGUAAAACUUUUGUAAUAUUAGUAAUAAUAACCUUAAGUUGGUAUAAGUAUUUCUAGUAGUUUUAAAUGUUUUAAACAAAAAAACAUUUUAUCUUAAAAUCUUUGAUAAGGCAUCAUAAAUAAAUCUGUAGAAUUUAAAAUAUAAAUUUUAAGAAUAAAAAAGGUGUCUGAUUUGAUUUAUGGUAAUUACUUUUAGUUCAACAAUUGUGUGUUAGUCAUGAUCACCUUUGCGAUUUGUUAAGAGGGAAGAGGCUGAUUGAAAAUAAUUCUUUUUGUCGUUUAUCAUUUUCUAUUCAAUUUGUCUUUACUUUUUUCUUCUAUUCACAGCUACUUUUACAUAUAUGGAAGAAAAUUAUAAAUUUAACCAUAUGGAGAAGUUUGAAAACCUCUUAAGUAAGUAAAAGUUGUAAAUAGUAUAUAUCAGAUAAUACAAAAUGCUUUAAAAUGUCUGAUAAAUAAGACGAUCUAAUUUUUUAUUAUGUAUAUAAUGUAAGCUUGUAAAUGAAUAUUUCUUUGCGUUGAAAGCAUUUAAAUAGUAAAAAUAAUGUACACUUUUGUGUAAAUGAUUAAUUAACUAUUCUCAUUUUUUCUAAUUUUUUAAGACAUUUUAAACCUAAUAAGCAAUGUCUUAAGUGCAACAAAAUUAAUAUGCAUCACCGUCUUAUAGCAUAAAUAAAACUAUGGAUUUAAAAUGUUGCUUUUUUGUUUCGUCCAAAGUUAUUAGUGAUGCAUUUUUGGAUUAUGUAAUAUAUUUUAAGCUUUUGAAAAUUUUGAAAUAAGUGUUAUUUAUAAAGAAACAUUUAAUGGAAAAAUCUGAUUUUUCUCGGUUGAUGAAUGAAACCAUGUAUUUGAAAUGGAUGUUUCCAUGAGAAUAUUGUAUAUUGCUUAACAAUGGCAGAAAGGAUGGAAGAUUGAUAAAUGAAUACAUGAAUUUAGGAAUUAUAUUUAAAUAAAUAUGAGCAUAAAUAUGGACAUGAUUAAAAAUAUAGAAACAUCGUAUUUACCCAAUAUCAUGUUUAAGAGAUAUCAAUAAAUAAUUUUAAUUCACUAUUAUCAUUAACAAUAAAUACUUUAAACCACAGAAUACAUGCAACAAGUAAAGGGAUUUAUUCAGCCUGGUAAAUAUAUUUUUUAUACAAUAUUUAUGGUGAGUCUUGAUAAAAUAUAAAUGGCAAAAAAAUAUUUGGUUCCGCAAAUAUUUCACUGUAUUUACGUAUAAUCGAACCACUGAUUCCAAAAAAACAUAUCGCUAGUUACCCCCUAAAAGCUCUAGUUUUUUUUAGAUAUACUACAUAAAAAUGUCUUUAUUUUAUAACAAGAACACAUAUUUACUUGGCAUUUGGUAUUAUUAUUUAGCAGAAAUUAAGAUAUUUUUUUAAAACUGUUGAUAUUCGCUGUUGUCUUUAAUGAUAUUUUUAUAUAUUUUAUAUUCCUAAGUCCAUAUUCAUUGUGUAGAUUAGUUUUUUGCAUUAUUCAAAUCAUCCACAUACUGAUUUCUAAGGCAUUUCUAUUUUGGAUGUUUUAACUUUACAUACAUUCAUUUAAAUCGUCACCUUAUAUAGAUCUGUUUUAUAACACAUAACAAACCAAGAUUUUAAAUGACAAAAUUAUCACUUACUUGACAGGGCAAUUUUAUCGUUAGUUAGCAAUUACCUUCUUAAGGCAUAGUCAAUUUGUAUUUAAAAAUUGAAAGGACAAUACAUUUUUUAAAGCUUGAGAGAAAUUUUUACAUAACCAGCUUUGAACAUGUUUAUAAAAAAUAUAAAGUGUUUAGCCUAUUACAAAUUUCAAAGGUAAAACAUUUUUAUUGCUGAAAUUGUGAUGUUUUUAUGAGUUAAGUCUUUUUCACAUAAAAUGGUCAAUUUUAUCAUAUAUGGUUUAGGACGUGUAUUUUAAUUUAUCUGUUUCACUUUUGAUUUUUUUGAACAAAAUAUAGCAAUCAAAACUUUCAUUAGAAAUUAAGUUAUAAUUCACAAUAUCUAUGUUCAUUUUUUCAUUUAAUAGUAUUGCAUAUAACUUUUAUUUUCUUAUUGAUCAUCAGAGGAGACCGGUGGAAAAACAAAUCAAUCUUCAGACAAAACAAAUAGUAAAAAUGUUGCUGAAGUCGAAGGUAUUUAUACAAUGUUAUAUGAUAGGAAAUAGAUAGAACACAGAAUGAGAGCCAUAAUUCAUUCAUUGCUGAUAGGGAGGAGCUAGACAGUGUGACCCCUACACCUUCCUCACCGUUCUCAGAGGACGUUAGUCAGACAGAAUCAUUUGAUAGAUUCCUGCCUGUGACUGAGGAUGAGGUGAGGCGAGUCAUCAUCAGGUCUGCUCCCAAGUCUUGUGCCCUUGAUCCGAUCCCCGUCCCACUGCUUGUAGAAUGCCUUGACGUCCUCCUCCCAGCACUCACCUCCAUAAUAAAUUCUUCAAUUCUCUCUGGCAUCUUCCCUCCUAUUUUCAAACGGUCGAUAGUCCUGCGUCUCCUAAAGAAACCCUCACUUGAUCCAAAAACACUCAAGAAUUACCGCCCCGUCAGCAACCUCUCCUUUCUCUCAAAAAUCAUAGAAAAACUCAUACUCUCUCAGCUCUCUGACUAUCUUUGCUCUCGCAAUCUCUAUCCUACCUCUCAGUCCGCUUACCGACUUGGUCAUAGCACAGAAACAGCACUGGUCCGAGUCAUGAGCGACCUCCUGCGCGCGAUGGACGAUGGCAAACUCUCUAUUCUCACUCUGUUAGAUCUCUCUGCUGCAUUUGAUACCAUUGACCACCAAAUUCUUCUCGACCGCUUUUAUCUUUCUUUCGGACUUACUGGAUCAGCUUUAAACUGGUGUCAAUCAUAUCUUUCUGACAGAACUCAAACAGUCUCUAUUUCCAACCACUCUUCCAAACCUUCAGCCCUGUCUAUUGGAGUUCCUCAAGGAUCGGUGCUUGGGCCGGUCCUUUUCAUCCUCUACACUAAACCUCUAUCAUCUCUUAUUAGCCACCACUCAGUUUCCAGUCAAUCCAUUGCUGAUGGCACUCAAAUCAGUUACUCUUGCUUUCCUCAUCAACUUGAUGCCACAAUCCUUCGCAUACAGGAGUGCGUGGACGACGUAAAGCAUUGAAUGGAUUGCAACAAACUGAAGCUAAAUGAUGAUAAAACGGAAAUCCUUCUCAUCCACUCUCAAAACAAACCUCUCCCUCCAUCCGCUCCUUCUUCUAUAUCUAUUGGCAACUCUGACAUCACACUCUCUUCCUCUGCCAGAAACCUUGGAGUCACGCUUACAGACACCCUCUCCAUGGACAAACAUGUCACGAAUAUAUGCAGAUCAGUAUAUAACAAAAUUAGAAAAAUCCUCCUCUCCUUUGAUGCCACAAAAACUCUCGUCUCUUCACUCAUUCUUUAAAAAAUUUGACUACUGUAACACUCUUCUCGCAGGCAUUCAUCAACACCACAUAGACAAACUUCAGAAGGCACAGAACUCAGCAUGCAGACACAUUUUUAAAUCAAAGAAACAUGACCACAUUCAACCCCACAUGCGGCAACUCAACUGGCUUACAAUAUCCUCUCCAAUCAAGUACAAGUCUCCCAAUCUAUGCUUCAACAGGUUCACUGACCCUCACUUUCCUGUCUAUCUCUCUGAACUGAUGCUUCCUUACAUCCCCACACAUGUUUUUUUUAAAAUAAUUGUAAAGCGCUUAGAGCUUUAAGGUAAGCGCUAUAUAAAAAUGCCUGAAUAAAUAAAUAAAUAUGGCUUAUCUUUGUGAAUAAUGUUUGUUACAGUUUCAUUAUACUUAAAAGAAAUUUAAAUUUUAUCUAAAAAUAACAUUGAAAAACUUGUUUGUGGGUUUUAAACUAUUAAAUAUAAUUUAUCAUUUUAUUUAAUAUCAAGAAGCUAUUAAUAUUAAUUUGCGUAUUUUAUGUAAUAAGUAAAAAUUUUCAUAUUUUCUCUUUGUGUUUUUCUAUUAAAGUUUAUAUCAUUGUGUAAUGUAUAUAUAUAUGUAUAUAAAUAUAUAUAUAUUUAUAUAUAUAUAUGUAUAUAUAUAUAUAUAUAUAUAUAUAUAUAUAUAUAUAUAUAUAUAUAUAUAUAUAUAUAUAUAUAUAUAUAUAUAUAUUUUUUUUUUAUAUAUAUUAAUAUAUAUAUAUAUAUAUAUAUAUAUAUAUAUAUAUAUAUAUAUAUAUAUAUAUAUAUAUAUAUAUAUAUAUAUAUAUAUAUAUAUAUAUAUAUAUAUAUAUAUAUAUAUAUAUAUAUAUAUAUAGUUCUUUGAUUUAACUAUGUUACAGUUAAUCACGUUUGAUCGUUUAUGUUAUCAAAAUAUGUUUGUACCGUUUUAUAGUAUCUAGUAAUUUAAAAUCUUACCUUUCAUUUAGUCAUUUAUCUAUACUAAUAAAAAGGCAAAGCCCUUACUCACUGACUCAUCACUAAUUCCCCAUUUUUCCUGUAGAUAGAAGCCUUAAAAUUUGGCAGGCUUAUUCCUUACAGCUUACUCACAAAAGUAAAGGUUUCAUUUCAAAAACUCUACCCGGAACUGUAACAACCUUUGGGCCUCGACCUCUUUUUUUUUCCUAAAUGAGCAAUAUCAAUAAAAUUAACAACAAAAUAUUGCGAUUGAGUGUUGUUCAGAACUUAUAUGUGUUAUUUUAUCUGUUAUGCUUAGUAUCAACAAUAUUUCAGACCAAGACAAAGACUUCCAGGCUAUUAUUCAAGUCGACAUUAAACUAUCACAUGCACACAAAGGCAUAUAUAAUAAACCUGAAGCAAGUGAAGUUGGUGCUGUCAUCGUGGGGAACACGUUCGAAUAUCUUGACAAUAUCUUGAAGAGCAUAGAAAAUAAACUGCAACGCAUUAAGGAUACACACAUAUCCUAUGAUGCACUUCAAUAUCCCCUCAUGUUCUCUAAUGGUGAGGGCGGCUCUUCUGUGUCUAUACCACAAGUUGACCCUGACAGUAAGUUAUGAACGACAGUAAGUUGUCUGCAACGAACUACUAUUCAUAUCGACUUAUGUUUAGACAACAUCAUGAAAUUACUAUAUUUUUCGUCAGAAGUUUAUUUAAUUAGUUUUAAGUUGAUGUGUACGCCAAAGUUAAAUCCGAAAGACUAAAUUAUAUAAGACUAAAUCAAAAUUAACUACGAGCUUAAAAUUACGUCUAUUAUUUAUUAGUAAUUUCCGUCAUAUUAUGUGUGGACAAACAACAUGUUUCGUCGAAGGAAGCAGGGGAAAACUGUUCCAGGGGUUAUGGUUUGAAAAAGGAUAAUGUGUUGUGUCAGGUAUACAUUGUGCACCCUAAUAUCUGAGAAUGUUACCAUCUUUGAUUGCUUUUCAACAAAAUCAAAGUUCCCACGUCGUAGGAAUAUCUUAGAAAAAUUGAUCGUGUUCUACUUCCAACAUUUAAGUUGACCUGAAAGGUCUCAAGCUGUAAAAAAUUUGCUAUUUAUCAAGGCAAACGAAAGAUAAGGGUUUCCACAUUAACUUUUAAGAAAUUGAGGUAAUUGUAUUUUAUGUUAAUUCUGGCAAAAUUGUUGUAGUAUUAAUAAUAAUAACAUUAAGUUGGUAUAAGUAUUUCUAGCGGUUUUAAAAUGUUUUAAAGAAAAAGAAACUUAUAAAAAUAAUAAUAAAUUUUAAAAAAUUGUUUAAAUCUACAAGAAAAUCUGCAGUGAUAUCUCUAUGCCAAUGCGACUCACUGAUAUAAGUAGUUACAAUGAUAAAAACAUUUUACUCUUUGAUUAGGCUUCAUAAAUGUAGAAUUUAAAAUAUAUAUUUUAAGAAUAAAAAGGUGUCUGAUUUGAUUUAUGGUAUUUACUUUUAGUUUGAUUUCAUUUAAAGUGCUUACUUUUAAGUCAACAAUUGUGUAUUAGAUCUCCUUUGCGAUUUGUUAAGAGGGAAGAGUUUGAUUGAAAAUAAUUCUUUGUAUCUUAGAUUAUUUUCUAUUCAUUUUGUCUUUACGUUUUUCUUCUAUUCACAGCUACUUUUACAUAUAUGGAAGAAAAUUAUAAAUUUAGCCUUGUGGUGACGUUAGAAAACCUCUUAAGUAAGUAAAAAUUGUAAAUAUUAUAUAUCAGAUAAUUCAAAAUGCUUUAAAAUAUCUUAUAAAUGACAAGAUAUAAUUUUUUAUUAAUUAUGUAACGUAAGCUUCUAAAUGAAUAUUUGUUUGCGUUAGGAGCAUUUAAAUAGUAAAAAUAAUGUACACUUUUAUGUAAAUGAUUAAGUAACCAUUCUCAUUUUUUCUAAUUAUUUAAGACAUUUUAAACCUAAUAAGCAAUGUCUUAAGUGCAACAAAAUUAAUAUGCAUCACCGUCUUAUAUCAUAAAUAAAACUAUGGAAUUAAAAUGUUGCCUUUUUUUGUUUUUUCCAAAGCUAUUAGUGAUGCAUUUUUACAUUUUCUGCCUUUCGAACAUUUUGGAAACAAGUGUCAUUUAAAAAGAACAUUUAAUGGAAAAAAUCUGAUUUUUCUCGGUUGAUGAAUGAAACCAUGUAUUUGAAAUGGAUGUUUCCAUGAAGAAUAUUGUGUAUUGCUUAACAUUGGCAGAAGGGAUGUAAGAAUUGAUGAAUGAAUACAUGAAUUUAGGAAUUAUAUUUAAAGAGAUAUCAAUAAGCAGUUUUAAUUCACUAAUAUCAUUAACGAUAUAUACUUUAAACCACAGAAUACACAAAACAAUCGGAGGGAUUUAUUCAGCCUGGUAAAUAUAGUAUUUAAACAAAAUUUAUGGUCAGUCUUGAUAACUUUUAAUGGUGAAAAAAAUUUGGUGCCACAAAUGUUUGAGUGUGUUUACGUAUAAUCGAAAAACUAAUUCUAUAAAAAAUAUCAGCAGUGACCCCCUUAAAAGCUCUAGUUUUUUUUUUAGAUAUUCUACAUAAAAAUGUAUUAUUUUAUAACAAGAGCACAUAUUUAGUUGGCAUUUGGUAUUAUUAUUUAGUAGAAAUUAAGCUACUUUUUUAAAGUUUGUUGUUAUUGGCUGUUGGCGUUUAGGUUAUUUUUAAAUCUUUUAUAUUUCUAAGUCCAUAUUCAAUGAACAGCUUAUUUAUUUGCAUUAUUCAAAUCAUUUACAUACUGAUUUAUCAGGCAUGUCUAUAUUUAUGUAUAAAUAUGGAAAAACCAGGAGAAACAAAUAUAUGAGCAUUAACUUUGUAAAAUUGGAAGAGGUGGGGGGGGAGAUUAUUUUUAAGUCAACAUAAAACAUCAAAAGAUAAAAAAUGUUUAAGAUAUGUAUGUUUUUAAAGACUAACAAUUGAUGAAAACUGUUAUAUUUUAUUACAUGUGCGUGUAUAUGUUGUACAGCUUCUCGUAUUUUUCUUUCAAAGGAUGUCGUACUCUUAAUAUAUAUAUAUAUAUAUAUAUAUAUAAAUAUUAAAAUUGAUAUGUUUUAUAUGUACAGCCAAUUAAUAAAAAAAAUGUUAUAAUAUGUGGAGGUUUUCUUAAUAAGUUUAUUACAAAUAUUUUUCUAAAUUUGAAGUGUUCAAAUUGGUUCACUUGGGUAAAAUAGCUUUAAAAUUAAUCAUUUUCAAAAGAAAUUUUAUUUUGCUGACAAUAACUAAAAAUAAUACGUUAAUAAUGUCGGCAUUAGGAAGAAUAUGUUGACCAAAUUUUCUUUUAUUCCAGUUUCAUCACAAAUCGUGGACGAAGCAGGAGACCAUGAAUUUCAGGACACAAACGGCAAUAUGCAAAUUAAAAGUGGUAAACUUAGAUAUGUCCCUUUUUUAUUGAACACAAGUUUAUCCAGUUGUAUGGCUUGAAAGCAGAAAAUCUUAGAAAAUAUGUAUAAAUAUGAUUUAAAAUUUAAUAGCUAUUAACGUAAUGUAAACUGUUAUCAUAGUCUACAUGGAGUCCUAUAUCGACGCCUCAACUCUAAAAACUUUCAAUUUUUUUUCUGUGGAAAUCGACGAAUUCUACAUUUUGUAAAAAAAAAAAAAAAUUUAAUUGCAUCAUUGUUAAGUACUUUCAAUUUUUUUUUAUUUUAAUCACAAAUUUGGUCUUUCGUUUGUGUUGACAUUUUUUAUGUCCCUAUAUGUUUAAAACAAAGGUUUUGAAUUACAAUUUUGAUCAAAAUCUUAAAUAUUGAAUAUAUUUUCAAAUUUUGAAACCAACAAUGCUAUUUUAUUGGAUUAAUUUUUGAACAUUGGAGACAUUCUUUGAAAUAUCAGCCAAUCAUUAUCUAAACCUCUAAUCAUAAUGUUGAUAAAGUCAAAGGUAGGCUUUUAAUAGACUUUUUAAUGCACUGCAGAUGAAUUAUAUAUUAUUGAAUUUCUUUUAUUUAUAAUAUUUGUAAAUAAUGUCAAUGGCCCUCUGUUGCCCAGAGACGGACGGGAUCUUCCUACAGGCCAGAUUUCUAUCUAAAUCUUAAAAAAGUAGCUUGAUAUCUAAUUUCAUAAUAUUUUAGGAAAAUCAUAUCAAUUGAAAAAAUCUAUUUAAUCUUUAAACCAUUUAAAAAUUCUAAUAGUGUAGAAUAAGAUAGAAACAUAGAUAAACUUAUUUACUAUUUUAUAAUCACUCAUAACAUGGAAAUUCCCCAAACGUAUGUAGAUCAAUAAACCUAAACCUGUAUCUAAAUAUAAUGCACUGAUUUUUUUUUAAGUUCGUGUUUCUAUAAAUUUUAAAAUGGAUAUGUUUUUUUGGAUAACGUGCAAAUAUACAUUUUUGUAAAUAAAGGCCAAUAUACCCGGGUGGCUUGUGUUUGCAAUCGGAAAAAUCAUUUAAAAUUGAAUAAGGUUACCAAAACAUUUAACGGGUUUUCAAAAACACCUUGUUAAAAUAACAAUUAAAAUGAUAAAUGUUAUCGCAUAAAAAGGCAUUGUGAUAAUUACUCUUGUAAACAUUGAACUUUAGGCUCGCCACUUUUAAGUAAAUAUUAAUGCUUUGCACUGCUUAAAACUACGAUAUAAAAUCAAUAAACGUUUUGGUAAUUUAAAAAAAGCAGGUAUUCACCAAGGCGAAAGAUUAUUGCCGUGUAUCAAAUAAAAUACCAAAGGUGGGCCAUUUUAGUAAGGGUCUCUACAAAAAAUGAUUCAGAUACAUAUUCAAGUUAAUUUUUUAAAUGUAUUUCAUUUCAAUCGCAUUUCAAUCGGGGGAUGUUUGAUAAGAUAUUGCCUUUAAAAUUGGCAGCCUUAAAGUAGUAUAGCUUUCAGUUACAAUCAAACUAAGUUUUUAAUGAUUUAAAACGUUGGUAAAUUAAGGGGAAAAUCGGCAACCAGCAGUUCAUAAUAUGUUUUUCAGUUCAUUUAUUACAUAAUGGCCAUUAAAUUUUAAUUAGGUGGUAUAGCCUAAAAAGUGUGUCAUACGGAAUUUCUUCUUUUUGUCGCAACCAUUUACCUUUAAAACACUAUAAAUUUAUCAUAGUGUUAUAAAAAAAAAAAGUUUUUUGGAUCUUUUAACUUUACAUACAUACAUUUAAAUCGUCGCCUUAUAUAGAGCUGUUUUAUAACACAUAACAAACCAAGAUUUUAAAUGACAAAAUUAUCACUUACUUGACAGGGCAAUUUUAUCGUUAGUAAGCAAGUAUCUUUUUAAAGCAUAGAUAAUUUGUAUUUAAAUAUUGAAAGGAAAAUACAUUUUAUAAAGCUUGAGAGAAGUCUUUACUUAACCAGCUUUUAAAAUGUUUAUAAAAAAUAUAAAGUGUUUAGCUUAUUUCAAAUUUCAAAGGUAAAACAUUUUUAUUGCUGAAAUUUUGAUGUUUUAAUGAGUUAAGUCUAUUUCACAUAAAAUGGUCAAUUUUAUCAUAUAUGGUUUAGGGCGUGUAUUUUAAUUUUUCUGUAUUUCUUUUGCUUUUUUUUAACAAAAUAUAGCAACCAAAAAUUUGAUUAGAAAUUACGUUAUAAUUCACAAUAUCUAUGUGCAUUUUUCAUUUAAUAGUAUUGCAUAUAACUUUUUUUUUCUUAUUGAUCAUCAGAGGAGACCGGUGGAAAAACAAAUCAAUCUUCAGACAAAACAAAUAAUGAAAAUGUUUCUGAAGUCGAAGGUAUUUAUACAAUGUUAUAUGAUAGGAAAUAGAUAGAACACAGAAUGAGAGCCAUACUUCAUUCAUUGAUGAUAUGGUUUAUCUUUGUCAAUAAUGUUAAAUACUGUUUAAAUUGUAUCUCUAAAUAACAUUGUUAAAACUUGUUUGUGGGUUUUAAACUAUAAAAUAUAAUUUAUCAUUUUAUUUAAUAUCAAGAAGCUAUUAAUAGUAAUUUGCUUAUUUUAUGAAAUAAGUAAAAAUUUGCAUAUUUUAUCUUUUUCUUUUCUUUCAAUGUUUAUAUCAUUGUGUAAUGUAUAUAGAUAUAUAUAGUUCUUUGAUUUAACUAUGUUACGGUUAAUCACGUUUGAUCGUUUAUGUUAUCAAAAUAUGUUUGUACCGUUUUAUAGCACCUAGUAAUUUAAAAUAUUACCUUUCAUUUAGUCAUUUAUCUAUACUAAUAAAAAGGCAAAGCCCUUACUCACUGACUCAUCACUAAUCCUCCAUUUUUCCUGUAGAUAGAAGCCUUAAAAAUUGGCAGGCUUAUUCCUUACAGCCUACUCACAAAAGUAAAAUAGGUUUCAUUUCAAAACUCUACCCGGAACUGUCACAACCUUCUGGCCUCGACCUCGUUUUUUUUUUCCCUUAAAUGAGCUAUAUCAAUAAAAUUAACAACAAAAUAUUGAGAUUGAGUGUUGAUCAGAGCUUAUAUGUAUUAUUUUAUCUGUUAUGCUUAGUAUCUUGCGACGUAUUGUAUAAAAAGGGAUAUGUAGUAUUAUUAUUGUGAGUUUUUUUCUUGGAGUAAUGGCAGUGGAAAACAAGUUAUCUAUGCAACCUGUUGUAUGCUUGCAACGCUUGACAGAAGCCGAAUGUCCCUUGCACACCAACACACCAGAUACUAACGUAGUUAAAAAAAAAAGCAUUGAAACUCAACUGCUUCAUCAAAAAAGCACUCCGGGCAAUGACAAACCUGAAAAAGGAUGCGUGUGAGACGUCAUGGUAGAUUUUCUGAAGCGCCUAGACUGAAACAACUUCGUGACGCUGCCGCCAAAUACAACAAGAAAAAUCCACAAAUUCAUAGAGACGCUGUCGCUAAAUACUCCUAGGCUAAUCCCAAAGUUAAUAGGGACGCUGUCGCUAAAUACUCCCAGGCUAAUCCCAAAGUUAAUAGGGACGCUGUCGCUAAAUACUCCCAGGCUAAUCCCAAAGUUAAUAGGGACGCUGUCGCUAAAUACUCCCAGGCUAAUCCCAAAGUUAAUAGGGACGCUGUCGCUAAAUACUCCCAGGCUAAUCCCAAAGUUAAUAGGGUCACUGUCGCUAAAUACUCCCAGGCUAAUCCCAAAGUUAAUAGGGACGCUGUCGCUAAAUACUCCCAGGCUAAUCCCAAAGUUAAUAGGGACGCUGUCGCUAAAUACUCCCAGGCUAAUCCCAAAGUUAAUAGGGUCACUGUCGCUAAAUACUCCCAGGCUAAUCCCAAAGUUAAUAGGGACGCUGUCGCUAAAUACUCCCAGGCUAAUCCCAAAGUUAAUAGGGACGCUGUCGCUAAAUACUCCCAGGCUAAUCCCAAAGUUAAUAGGGUCACUGUCGCUAAAUACUCCCAGGCUAAUCCCAAAGUUAAUAGGGACGCUGUCGCUAAAUACUCCCAGGCUAAUCCCAAAGUUAAUAGGGACGCUGUCGCUAAAUACUCCCAGGCUAAUCCCAAAGUUAAUAGGGACGCUGUCGCUAAAUACUCCCACUCCCAGACAAAUCUCAAAGUUAACAAAGAUGAUGUUUGUAGGUUCGAUACCAAUUAUCAAAAGCGACACAUGCACAGACUAAAAGUUUUUGCUAAAAAAUCGAUUGUGCGUUUUCGUACGACGCAAACAUGGAUUAUGAAUCUGACGACAUAGUACGCAUUGUAUUCAUGGAUGGUGUCUGUGACUAUUGCCAAGCUCGCAGGUGGAAACUCGAGUCUCCAUUUUUGUGCUGUAACGCUGAUUAAAUUUGUCUGACUCCACCAGCUUCUUGAUGCCCUCUUACGGGGUGACAAUCCUCUACGUGAGCAUUUCUUGAACAAUAUUUGCAAAUACAACAACGCUUUUCAAGUGACGUCAUUUUGUGCUAUUCAAAUGGUUUAUGGAAUUUGUAUGCCUUCAUUUAAAUUCAAAGGACACGUAUACCACUUGAUUGGUAGUCUUUUACCUAUCACGACUGACGAACACAAAUUUUUACAAAUUUAUUUCGUCGAGGGCGAUGAAAUUGAAGCACACAUGCGGUACGCUAAUGUUUCUGGACUUAACAAGACCCUGGUGCAAAAAUUGCAAAAAAUGAUGCAUAAUUGUAACACUUACGUCAAAUACUUCCAGAAUACUUGAAAGAGAAAUCUUAAAACACCUCGUAAUUGGCCAACAUAGAUACAGAAAACGUGCAGCUGCUAAAUGAUCAGCAAAAGACAGUUUAUGAGCAUGUCAUGAGAAGCGUUGUCUCGGCCACUAACACGUUAAGUUUUCUUAAUGCUCCAGGCGGAACUGGUAAGAAAUUCCUCAAAACCCUGUUGAUUGCAAAAAUCCGAGCGGACGCAAACAUUGCUAUAGCAGUGAAUUUAUCUGGCAUCGCUGCCACUCUUCUACAGCGUGGAAGAACUACUCAUUCUGUUUUUAAGCUACCAUUGAACCUCUGCUAUCCUGACUCUACCUCUGUGUGUAACAUAUCAAAGAAGAGCAACAUGGCUGAAGUGCUCAGGUAUUCAAGGCUUAGUGUCUGGGAUGAAUCUACCAUGGCAAACAGAGCGGGUGUUGGGGCUUUAGACAGGACCUUCAAAGACCGUACCACCAACAAACAAAUGGGAGGGUUGACAGUUAUGCUUGACGGAGACUUCCGGCAAACCGUACCGGUCGUGCCAAGAGGAACACGCGCUGACGAAGUUAAAUCGUGUCUUAAAUCGUUAUACCUUUGGCCUCAAAUCAUUGUUCUUUCUUUAACAUUAAACAUGAGUGUUCAUUUUAAAGGCGACAAAAAAGCCACAGUUAUCUGCUCUUCUGAUGAGUAUCGUUGAUGGCAGCUUCAGUCAAGAAGAUCGUAAAAUUACUAUUUCUUCAAAUCUCUGUCUCCUCGUGAAUACCUUACCAGACUUCCUUAAACAUAUUUAUCCCAAUCUAAGAAAUCUACACGAAAAAGACGUGUCAUGGUUAAUGGAGAGCGCUAUCCUUACACAAAGAAAUGACGUGACUGCAACUAUAAACCACAUUUUACUUCGAGAACUACCUUCAGAAACUACAACAUAUCAGUCUGUGGAUUCAGUUGUGGAAGUGGACGACGCAUUACAUAACCAGCAGAGUUUCUCAACACAAUAAAUCCUCCUGGCUCUCCUCAACAUAAUCUAAUUCUGAAAGUUGGGGCACCAAUAAUGUUACUGCGAAAUUUAUAGCCACCAUAACUUUUUAAUGGCACCAGACUUCAAAUCACGUGUCUGCAAAAGAAACUAAUCAAGGCAACUUUUUUCACUGGCAGUGGCUCAGGGGAGACAGCUCUUAUACCUCGCAUCCCCGUUAAACCCUCUGAUCUCCCAUUUCAAUUCAAGCGCCUCCGAUUUCUAUUAAGACUCUGUUUUAAAAAGAAAAUUAAUAAGUCUCAAAGACAGACCAUACAAAAAGUUAUCAUUGAUUUGAGGCAGGAUGGCUUUUCGCGUGGCCAACUAUACGUUGCAUGCUCAAGAGUGAGCUAAGCGCAAACUUCGUCAUACUUCAACCGGAGGGCCGAACUGACAACGUGGUAUACAAAGAGAUCCUUAAUAUAUAACUUUUGGUAACUUUUCGCUAAUUUUAUUGAUAAUAUCUUACCUUUUUUUAUUAAAAAAUGGCUCUCCCCUGCGAAGCGCUGGUAUUUUGUUAGUUGCUAAUUAAAGGGAAUAUUAAGGAUUUAAUCAUUUUUCUUCUUCAGGGAAAGGUGUUGGAGAAUCAAUUAUGGCUCUUAAGCGAACGUAUAUGUCGUACAUUGAAGAAGAGGAAGGUAUUUAUGCAUUGAAGUAUAACCUCUACCCAUAACACUGCAUGCGGGGGGGGGGCCUCAUACAUUUUACAAAUUUUAUGAAAUGUUAAAUACAAAUAUGUGGGAUUUUGCAACAACAAAAAAUACAUAGAAAUAUACCCACAUAUUAAUCUGUAUGUUUAUUAAAUGGACAGAAUUAAAAUAACUUUUAAUUAUGUAUCAAAAUUUAAGUGUUCAAUUUCACAAUCAAUACGAAAACAUUGAGGUUUUUCUUUUCUUUUUGUUAAUAUUGUUUUCUUUAAUAAAAUAUAAAUUGCCUUCCAUAAGUAUAUUUUUUCAUGUGCAUGAAAGUUCGUUCAAUCGAGUUUGUAAUUGUAGCACACAAACGUUUUCAUUUAUAUGGAUUUUUUAUUGUUUGUAAUAAACGUUCUGACUCUUGUUACGGUCAUUAAUUUCCUGUGUACUUUAAGGAAGAUUUAAAUAUAGGCUUUAAAUUGAGCUAUAUAAAUAAAUAUAAGUGUGAUACAAGAUCCCAAUAUCAUUAUUAGUAGCAGUGUAAUUCUUUUGAAACGGAAAACUUUGAAAAUAUUGCUAUAAUAAAAUCCAUUUCGAUGUAUAAUAGUCUAAUACAUACGCACGUUGUUUGCAAUCAUAUUAAUAAUAAUAAUAAAGUUUAUUUCAAAAACACGCUUCAUCCCCAAAGGCUCGAAGCGCGGUACAAAGUAAAAAAAAAUUUUAAAAAAAACAACGUACUUCCCAUCCAAUCCAAAAGAUCAUUGGGAGAAAUACAAUGACUACAUGAGUGAAGACAGCCUACAUCGUUCGCGUGGAACGAUUAAAAAUCCUGACAUUCAAUUUUAACCAAACGUGUAUAAAGAGCAUUGGUUUCAAUUAAGGAUAUAUGUUUGGCAAUCGCUAACAAAGCACUGGUAGAGUUGGGAAAGACUGCUCCGAGACGAUCUGCAAACAACAUUUACCAUCGUGAUUUGCAACGAGAAACACACUUUUAUAUCGACGCAGUUUGAACAUUGGUUAAACGAAUCUGCCGAAAUUGGUUCCAGAACAACGCAAUAGUGAAUGACAGAAUUAUGCAUGCAAUCACAAGUAAAAUUCAUGGUUUGUAUUUCGUAGAUGCUCCCGGAGGUACGGGGAAAACUUUUCUAAUUUGACUUAUUUUGGCAACCAUACGACGACAAAAUAAUAUUUCACUGGCAAUCGCAUCAUCUGGAAAUGUAGCAACUCUUUUGAUGGGUGGCCGAACAGCGAAUUCAACACAGAAAUUUAAAUUCGAAAGCUGAAGGUUCCUAAACUAGCAGACGCCUUCCAAGCAAUGGUAAGAGGAAAAUUUGCAGCGCUUAACAUUAUAGAUACCGACUUUUCAGACAUGGAAAACUGAUCGAUAACUUCAACACAGCUGUUACGGACACAGCUCAUGACAUCCUUGGUAGACAUAGACCAACCCGAAAACCAUGGGUGACAGCUGACAUCCUUGAUCUGUGUGAUAAAAGGAGGCAGUUAAAGAAAACAAAAAUGGAUAUACAGAGGGGACUAUAAAUAUAGGACAGUUAACCAAGCCAUCAAAAAUGUGUGAGAAUGUCAAAGAAGAACUGGAUUGAAGAGCAAUGCUACGACAUUGAAAACUGAUUGAGGAAAAAUAAUUGCAAAAAAGCAUACCAGAUGGUGAAAGAACUAACCACUGCAAAGUGCAAAAAAGGAUAAAAAUGGUAAAAGUUUGAACGAUGAAAAUAAUAUCCUAAAAAUAUGUACUGAAUACUCAUCGGAGCUGUGUAAUGAAAAUAUAAAGAUAGACCCAGAGAUCCUUAAUAUCCCCACAGCAUCAGAACAUGAUAAAUACCAUACUCUCCUCGCAGAAGUAGAAGCAGCAGACCAAGCACUCCAAACAGGAAAUGCCGCAGGAGCGGAUAAUAUCCCUGCCGAGUUUGUAAAACAAGGAGGAGAAGCAAUGAUAAGUGCCCUAUACCUUAUUAUAAAUAAAAAUAGCUGAAGGAGGAAUGGCCUAAAUUGCUCAUCAUCACCUUCCCCAAAAGGGUAACCUACAACUAUGCCAAAGCUUUUGCACCAUUUGCCUAAUACACCAUCCAAGCAAGGUCAUGGUAAAGGUUAUUUUGAACCGACUAAGGCCACAUGCCGACAAAAUCAUUGCUGAAGAACAGGCGGGCUUCAGGCAAUGACGUGGCACUACUGAGCAGAUCCUAAACCUCAGAAUACUAUUGAGAAAUAUGCUCAACACCAACAACAUCUAUACCACGUCUUUGUUGAUUUAAAGAAAGAAUUCGACAGGGUUUGGCAUGUUUCCUUAUAGGAAACCAUGAGGCACUAAAACAUCAACACAAACCUCACAGAAUAAUAUGCAGCGUCUAUGAUAAGGUCAUCAGUGCAGUCUUCUUUAACAACAACAUCGGAGAAUGGUUCAAGACCACGGUUGGAGUACAACAAGGCUGCUUGCUUUCCCCCACCCUGUUCAUCAUCUUCUUAGAGAGAAUUAUGUCAGGUGCUCCCGAAGCGCAUGAAGGGACUGUCAGCAUUGGUGGCAGAACAAUUGCCCACCUACGCAUUGCGGUGACAUAGAUGAACUGGCUGGGAUCGAAGAAGAGCUAGUCAACCUAGUAGAGCGUAUCGACAAGACUUCAUCGUCCUUUGGCAUACAAAUCAGUGCACAUAAGACAAAACUGAUGACAAAUAACACCACCAGCAUCGCCAAUGAAAUUAAGGUCAGGGAAAGAAGAUUAGAGACAGUAGGCAGAUUCAAAUACCUAGUAGCCAUAGUCUCGGAAGAAGGCUCCACGCCCGAACUGAUGUCCAGGAUUGCCCAGACCACAACAGCACUAAAUUGGCUCAAGAAAAUAUGUAAUGACAAAAACAUAGCCCCCAGCAUCAAAAUAAUGCUGAUGCGCUCAUUAGUCCUCUCUAUUUUCCUGUAUGUCUGCAAGUCCUGGAUAUUAUCAGCAGAACUUGAAAGGAAAAUAAAAACGGUGGAGAUGAGAUGUUUCAGAAGCAUUCUUGGCAUCAGCUAUAAGAAAAAUAUAUCCAAUGAUCAAGUGAAAGAAAGGAUUCGUCAGGCAAUUGGGCAGUACGAUGACCUCCUGUUGACUGUAAAAAGGCGCAAACUACAAUGGUAUGUCCACGUGAAAGGAAACAAAGUCUCACCAAGAAAGCAUGCAGGGCACAACAAGAGGAGGGAGAAGAAGAGGAAGGCAAAGAAAAAGAUGGGAAGAAAUCAUCAAAGAGUGGACGGGACUAAAACUAGGCAAUGCUGUGCGUAGUGCAGAAGACAGAGACGAAUGUAGGAGGAUUGUUCACUUGUCAUUUGUGGCGUCCCAACAAUUCAAGGACUAAGGGACAAGAUGGUGAUGAUGACGAUGAUGAUAUAUUAUAGGUUAUGCAAUUGAUAUAUAUUUUUAAGUUUUUUAACAUUUUAUACGGGAUUGUAACUUUUUGUGGGCCAGGAAUAAUAUUGCAGUAAUCAUGAUCUUCGCGAUGUUCUAAUUGUAUUUUCCUAUUGUUCUUAAAUACUAUUCUUCUGCUGGUUCAGCUUUUAUUUUUUUCUAAUUGACGUUAAAUACAUAUGUAGCAUGAUGUCAUAAUGAGUGUAUUCUAUGUUUCUUUUCAGAUGAACAGCCAACAAACUCAUCGUCGGAAGACGAGAGUUUGGCGUGAAAAAAAUAAUUAAUAAACAAAGUCAGUGCAUGUGUUUGAAAAAUGGCUCGAGCAAAACUAAUAAUUACAUGCAAAAAUUAUUUAGUUUUUUAAAAUAAAUUAUUGUGCUUUUGUGUUCAUUGAUUUAAAUGAUAUUUCACAGCGUUUUAAAAAGGAAUAAAUGAGGAAAAAAAGUUAAAACCUAUAAAUGAAUUAUUAUUGUUUAGUGUUAACAACAUAUUGAUUUUAAUGAAGAAAAAAAAAUAAAUAUAAAAAAAAUUUAUGAAGUUGCAAUUUUCAUGAAAUUAUAGUUUCAUACG